GUUCAAGAUAACUAGAGCUGUAAACACAGUACUCCAAAUGUGGUUGCACCGUAGAUCUGUAUAAUGGCAUUAUGAUACUGGCAGUUUUAUUUUCAACAUCCCAGAUCCAAAAUGAGUGGUCCUCCUGGCUGCUCCAUCCUGUGGAACAACCUUCCCCCACCUUGUGUCAAGUAGCAACCAGCAGUUGCGUCAGACGCCUCGUAAAGACUUAUCUCUUUGGCCUGGGCUUUUCAUGACCCGUAAGAUUAGACUCUGAUUUAUAUGCGCAAAUCCUCUGAAUUCAUUCUUUUUAUUUGCUUUUAUGCUCUUUUAUUGACUUUACGGCUGUAUUUGCGUGUUAACGGAUAUUGGUUCUUUGCAUUGUACAUAGCACAUGCUGAUUAGAGAGGUUUUCAAACUGUGAAGUGGUUUAGAAAGGCUUUUAAAAUAAAUAAAUGGCCACUAGCCAUGGUGGCAGGGACGUGGGUGGCGCUGUGGUCUAAACCACAGAGCCUAGGACUUGCCGAUCAGAAGGUCAGCGGUUCGAAUCCCUGUGACAGGGCGAGCUCCCGUUGCUCGGUCCCAGCUCCUGCCAACCUAGCAGUUUGAAAGCAUGUCAAAGUGCAAGUAGAUAAAUAGGUACCACUCCGGCGGGAAGGUAAACGGCGUUUCUGUGCACUGCUCUGGUUCGCCAGAAGCAGCUUAAUCAUGCUGGCCACACGACCCGGAAGCUGUACACCGGCUCCCUCGGCCAAUAAAGCGAGAUGAGUGCUGCAACCCCAGAGUUGUCUGCGACUGGACCUAAUGGUCAGGGGUCCCUUUACCUUUAGCCAUGGUGGCUGUGUUCUGCCUGUAUGGCCUGCUGGAAGCUGUGAUGCUUCUGAAUACCAGUUGCAGGAGAGGACUGGGAUCUUGUGCUCAGCUGCUGCUUGAGCAUCUGGUUGGCCACUGUGAGAACAGGAUGCUGGACUAGAUGGGCCAUUGGCCUGAUCCAGCAGAGCUCUGCUUAUGCUCUUGAAUCAAUCUGUCCCUUGGAUCUCUCUCUCCACCAGGCUAUAUGCUGUCCCCAGCUUAGGGGCGUAGUGUGGAGGGGCAGGGGGACUAUGGCCAACGGGUACACAAUUUUGAGGUGCCACAAACCAGGAACCCUCACACAGCUGCUGGCUUCCACAGAGACUGGUACUGCUUUUUAAACAUUUUAUUUAUGCUUUUCAGUUUCAUACAUUUCAAUCAUUUUUCAAUCAUUUUAACAUUUCCUUCCCCCUCUUUCUGCAGUUCCUGAAAUUUAUUUAGUAAUAUUUUCUGCGUAUCCAUAUUAACUUAAUUUGCUCCUUUGUUCAUCUCCUGUAAAUAAAUUGGCAGGCGAUUAUAAUAAUCCUGCCAAUGUUCUCACCUGUUUACAGUUUGUCUGUAAAUAUUCAACAAACCGUUUCCAUUCUUUUAUAAAAAGUUUGUUACCUUGAUUUCUUAUUUUUCCAGUAAGUUUCACCAUUUCUGCAUAUUCCACAAGUUUUUGUAUCCAUUCUUCUUUUGCUGGGACUUCUUCUCAUAGGGACUGGUGCUGCUGGAUUGUUUUCUCAUCCGAAGGUUGCCCAGAAUGGAAUGUGACUUUUAGGCUAAAAAAGACCUCCUCCCUUAAAUUCCUGUUCUCCUCUGUAGGUAAAUCCCAUCAGAAUUUUCAGUGGGCACCAGUACUACUGCCACCCACGGCUUUUGUGGCAUUUUUGAAACCAGUGAUGCCCCCAACCAAUUAUUAUUAUUAUUAUUAUUAUUAUUAUUAGCAUUGGUGUGGGGAGUGUUUAAUUCUCAUCCAUGUUUCUGCUUUGCUCUCUCCCAAAGGUCCGGCACCAGCGACCCUUAUUGCAUCAUCAAGGUUGACAACGAGGUCGUGGCAAGGUAAGUAGAGGCAGAGAGGACUGGAACGCCCACAUCUCUCCAGUUUUAAAGAUUUCCCAGAUUUAGAGAUUUCCCCAAAACGUCCCUAAACACUGCCAGCUUUCCUUGUAGGAGAGUUGUUCCCUCCAUCCCCUUGAUAAUUUUGGUUGCCCUUUUCUGAAUCAUUGAACUCAGUAUCUCAAGCCUCAGGAUCAGAAAUAUUUGUGGAAGAGGAUCGGGCUUAUUCACGGCAGCAAAAUAGUACCUCCAUGUUCGAAGGCAGUACUGUAUAGCUCUUACAUGCCACACACUGGGCACAAAUAGCGGGCUUCCCAAAUUUGGCUGGUCAUUGUUGGUUUUGGUAGAGGACUGGACUAUAGGAAAUUUUGGUCCAGAUGUUCUUAUAACUCUUCUUGUUCUAAGAUUUAUCUGACUAUUGUUACAAAUGUGCUCGAGUCCAGACUGUCCUUUGGCAGCCUGAUGUCCUCCAGAUGUUUGGACUAAAACUCCACCAGCCCCAGCCAGCUGUGAUGGGAGUUGUAGUCCAGAAAGGCCGUGCUUGGUGGGGCUGAUGGGAGUUGUAGUCCGAAAGCAAGGUUGGUGCCAGCUCUGGAAGGCUUGCCAGCUAUGACCUCUUUUGGACGGAGGUGACUUGGCCACUGUGCUCUGUGCUUUGGGAACUUCCAGACUGGAUUAUCGCAGCCAGAUUACUAGCUGGGGUUCUGUUUAGAUUUCAUAUAACCCCUGUUUUAGAACAGAUGCACUGGUUGGCAUUUUGUUCCAGGCCCAGUUUAAGGACUCAGCUACAUUGGUCAAAAAACAGCGUGUUGUAUGCAUUAUAAACAUGCAACACCAGAUGGCACUGGCGAGCAAAACAAAAAUCUAAGCAAUUUUCUCUAGCGUUUUUUUUCUUUUGUUAGAACGAUUUAAUUUCUGACUUAUUUAUAGCGGGGGGUCCCCCCCCCCCGUGUGUAGAUCCACCCCAAGCAGCUCAUACUGGUGUUCAGAGCCCUAAAUGACUCAGGCCCCAAAAAUCUGAAAGACUGCAUCUAUGCUGACAGACCCUCCCAGGUUCUGAGACGGGCAGAGGGGGUCCUCUUGGUAGUUCCUUCACCUUCAGAGGCUCAGGGUGAUGGCGGCCCAGAAGAGGGCCUUCUCUGUGGUGGCCCCUAAGCUGUGGAACUCCCUCCCUACAGAUGUGCGCCUGGCACCUUGAUUAUACAGCUUCCAGAGGAUGCUGAAAACACACCUCCGCUUUUGACACUUGAGGUGUAUAUUUUUGUGAUUACAAGUUAUUUUAAACUGUUUCUGAUGUUGUGUUUCAAUUUCACAACUGGCUCUGGGGCCUUGGGGUGAAGGGCAGGUAAGCAGCAGCAGCAGCAACAACAACAACAACAUCAACAACAGGGUCUGGACUCUGCUUCCCUUGGGAAAAGCAUUGCUCUGUGAAAGCUUCUCAUUGUCAGGCUUCCAAAUCCAGGCUUUGUCGAUGACGUGUCCCACUUAAAGCCUGAGCCGAAAAUUAAACUCCCUUCCAUGGGGAUUAACGAAAACAAGGGGUUGUCCUAGGCAAUUAAGGCAGAUCUGUGGCGGUUGGUGCCUGGUUGGCAGCCGUGGGGCAGCCUCCCUGGUUGCCAAAGGAGAGAUUCAGAUGUGCCGUUAAAAGGUGAGCACUAAUAUCCACAAGGAAUGUUAAUCCGCCACGAGGUUUUCCGCAGCUUAAUGUUUGAGAGCAGGAGGCCAGACAUCUCAGUUGGGAUUUUUGCUUAUGUUAUUUUAAGGCCCCAUGGGCCUGCACAUAGCCAGGGGAGCAGGUAGCACUUCCAGGGAGACUACCGGUAGAUAACGUUGUCUGCAAGGAGACUAGAUAACGUUGCAUUAAAGCAAAGUGCUAUUUUUUCUAGAAUAAGAGAUGCUGGCAAUCGCCAUGAACGCCUCCCUUGUUCUCUUUUAAUGUCAAUGGCACCUACCUGAGAGGUGUUGGAAUUGAGUUCUGAUGAGUUCUGCCUGGGGAAAAAAGCCCUGGUUAUCCCACCUAAGAUGAGCCUGCUGUAUCAGGCUGAUGGCCCAUCUAGAUUUUGUUAGCUCUGUUUGCGGGGAGUUUAGAUGACAUUGGCCAUUUAGCAAGUCUUCCUCCUGGUUUGUGGGCAGGAAGGUUAGCAGACCCUCCAAGUGUCCCUAUUUUCCAGGGACAUCCCAGAUUUAAAGAAGCCGCCCCAGUUUCUGGCUUGAUCCAGGAAUAUCCCACUUUUCCUUAGGACAUCCCUAUUUUCAUUGGAGAAAUGUUGGAGGGUAUGGAGUUAUCCGACUCACCGAGCCGUCUGAAGGCAGCCCUGCAUAGGGAAGGUUUUUUAAAAAAACAUUUAAUGUUUUAUUAUGUUUUUAUAUAUGUUGUAAGCUGCCCAGAGUGGCUGGGGCAAACCGGUAAAAUGUGUGGGGUAUAAAUAGCAAAAUUAUCAUUAUGGAUUGAGACGUCUUUAUUUUCAUCAGAGAAAUGUUGGAGGAUAUGGUUUAGAUGAAGUUGCACCAAAGUAAGGAUGCAUUUGUUUAAAGCAGCAUGGUAUAUGUUUCCCCAAAGAAUUCUGGGAGCUACAAUCCCCAGAGUUGAUUUAACAAUCAGUCCCUCUUCCCAGGGAACUCUGGGAGUUAGAGCACUGGUCCAUCAAGCUUAAAAAGGUAAAGGUAAAGGUAAAGGACCCCUGACAGUUAAGUUCAGUCGUGAACGACUAUGGGGUUGUGGCGCUCAUCACACUUUACUGGCCAAGGGAGCCGGCAUUUGUCUGCAGACAGUUUUUCUGAGUCAUGUGGCCAGCAUGACUAAGCUGCUUCUGGCGAAACCAGAGCAGUGCACAGAAACCCCCUUUACCUUCCCGCCAGAGCGGUACCUAUUGAUCUACUAGCACUUUGACGUGCUUUCGAACUGCUAGGUUGGCAGGAGCAGGGACCGAGCAGUGGGAGCUCACCCCGUCGCAGGGAUUCGAACCGCCAACCUUCCGAUUGGCAAGCCCUAGGCUCAGUGGUUUAGACCACAACGCUCUAUACUCACUAGCACCUGCUCUCCAGGGUUACAGACAGGGGGUCUCUCCUAGCCCUUCCUGGAGAUGUCAGUGGCCGAACCUGGAACCUUUUGCAGGCCAAGCAAGUGUCCUAACCACUGAGCUACAGCCUGUCCCAAAGGCACUACGUACUUUGGGAUUUAAAAGGGUUUUUUUUACAGGUCCUGAUAGCUUCUAUUAGCACCAUUUACAGUAUUCCUUCAUCCUCCACUUUCUCUUCUGUGGAAUAUGUGGUAGGGUCACCAUACUGGCAGCUUGUAAGCAUGAUUGACAGCUUGUCAGCCAUUUGACAUUGCCCGGUGCCCAGAGGUGUUAAGGAACCCUGUGCUUGUCUUCCUGGGCUGGAGAAUUGGCAAGAGCCUCAGAGAGCCUCAGGCUGUCUGAUCCGUCCAGUCUUGACACACCCUUCUCAUCUUAUCCCUCCUCAAAUAUUUGAUCAAGAACAAACUGACAACAUUAUAAGUGGCUUGAAGACAGAGCAACAUGGCUCUGUAAAGAUUUGCUCCUUAGGAUGGUGAACGAUUAACCAGGCUGGGAAGAGGCGGUUGAAUCAGUCCCUGGCUGUGCUGAGGGGGGGGGGGGAGAGAUGAAAGGACAUAUGAACAGAAGAAUAAGAGAAAGCCAAGGUGGUGCAGUGGUAAGAGAAUUGCACUAGGACAACCUGGGAGACCAGGGUUCAAAUCCCCACUCAGCCAUGAAGUUCACUGGGUGUGACCUUGAGUCAAUCACUACCUCUCAGCCUAACCUACCUCACAGGGUUGUUGUGGGGGUUAAAUGAGCUCCUUAGAGAAAAAGCGGGAUAUGAAUGCAAUCAGUCACUCAGUCAGUCAAUCAAUCAAUAGCCUACUGGAUCAGGCCAAUGCCCCAGCUAGUCCAGCAUGCAGUUCUCAUAGCCACUGAUGGCCUUCUGCUCUGCAAAUUUGUCCAGACCUCUUUCAAAGCCAUCCAAGUUGGUGGUCAUCACUGCUUCCUGUGGGAGGGAGUUCCAUAGGUUAACAAUGUGUUGCAUAGAAGGCAUUAAGCACCAACGGUCCUUCUGGGCAGACUCCUGACUUGACCGCCCUCUCCAACAAAGUGUUCCCUAGUUAGCUCUAAAAAUGGUGAAUAAGAACGAGAGGAAACACGAGAGAUUAGAAACUGAUGAUCUGGCAAUGCUUCCUGUAUAAAAUUAGGUGUAUAAAAUGACACAUGACGUGGAAAAAAAUGGAUAUAGGGAGAAGGUUUUUCUCCCACUGUUAGAAUACUAGAACUUAGGGACAUCCUAAAUGUUGAAAGAUACAGGACAGACCCGCUUCACACAGCGGAACUCAUACCCACACAAGGUGUAGCGAUUGGCCUCCAACUUGGAGGCCUUUAGAAGAGGAUUGGACCAUUUUGUGGAGGAUGAGGCUCUCUGUGGUGACUAGCCGCUGCAACUAUAUUCUCCACCCACUGUUGGAGACAGUAUGCAUCUCAAUAACAGUUGGUAGGAAUUAUAGGCGAGGAGAGAAUUACUAUUUUACUUACUAUAUGUAGGGUUUGGUGUCAGCGUUGCUUGUGCAGGUUCUUUGCUGUUCGCUUGUGUUCCUUUGGCGGUGAGAGAGGUUGGGGUUGGCCUAGGGUGUGGUUAUUCAUUUGUGGUUGGCUGUGGUGGUCUUUGUUUUCAUGUGUGAGUGGGGUGGGUGGGUGUUUUGGAUCAGGUUUGCCAUAUUGAUUUGUAUGCUGUUGGUGGAUUUUUGUCGUUGUCUUGUUGGGCUGUGUAUGUGAUAAAGGGGAGCCAUAUCGGGGUGAAGGAGUCUUUGUCCCCGUGUCAGUUUCAGUUUAUUGGUUAAUUUUUCUAGUAGGGCUGUUUCCCAUACUAUUUGGUACCAUUGGUCCAUGCUUACUCCCGACAGGUCUCUCCAGUGGCUAUGAUGCUUCUGGCUGCUGAAAGUAGGUGGGUUAUGAGUUCUAAUUUGCAGGUUUCCUAUUAAGGCCACUGUGAGAACAGGAUGCUGGACUCGAUGGGCCCCCUUUGGUGUGAUCCAGCAGGGCUCUUCUUCGUGUGCAUAUGGUUUUAGCACUGUUUUGCUGAAUUUUUGCUGUAUAAGCCAUCCCAGACUCUGUGUUCAUCAUUUGAUGCCUUUUUUGUGUGUCUCCUCUACGUGAGGUCCAGAGGGCAGCAACAUGAGAACGGGCCUUCUCUGUAGUGGCUCCCCAUUUGCAGAAUGCUUUCCCCAGGGAGGUUCACCUGGUACCUUCAUUAUAUAUUUUUAAGCACCAGGCGAAAAAGUUCCUCUUCAACCAAGCCUUUGGCUGAUUCAUAUUCUACCACUUUUUAAAUGUGUCUGUGGGAAGUGUGUGUGUGUAGGGGGGUAUUGUUUUGCUGUUUUGUUUUUAUUAUUUACUAUAUUUUAUUCUGUGAACCGCCCUGUGAUGCUAUGAUAAACAGCAGUUGUCUUCUUCUUCUUUGGCGAUCACUCGUAGCCAAGUAAGAUUGUCUCCCAUAAACACGGUUUUAACAGUGAGUCCGUAAGUGACCUUGGAGGCCAAUUCUGGAUCAACAUGUCCUUCUACAAUGAAAGGGCAGAAUAUAAAUCUAAUAAUUUUUUUAAAAUAAAAAAAUACAUUUUGCCCAUAGGUUUUAUAUAUAUCAUUCUGGGCUCUUUUGAGGAAGGCUGAUUAAUUAAUAAUAAUAAGUGAAAUUAUUAUUAUUAUUAUUAUUAUUAUUAUUAUUAUUAUUUCACCCACCCUUCACCCCAAGGUACCAGGGUGUGUUAUAUCAGGCAUGGGGAACCUUUGUCCCUCCUGAUGUUGCUGAACUACAACUCCCAUCAGGCCUAGCAAACAUGGCCAGUGGUCUGGGAUGAUGGGAGUUAUGAGUUCUGCAACCUCUGGAGGGACAGUGGUUCCCCAUGCUAUGUAUAUACUUGAGAAUCUGGGUUUUUGACACCUCAAAAGACAGCCACACAUCCAGUGUUGACCUCUUCUCUGCUUCCCCUCUGCAGAACUGCCACGGUGUGGAAGAACCUCAACCCUUUCUGGGGGGAGGAAUAUACUCUGCACCUUCCGAUGGGGUUCCACAACCUCUCCUUCUAUGUUCUGGAUGAAGACACCAUUGGGUAAGUAGGGGAAUGGACACCAGAGAAGGUGGGCUGUAAUGGGCCAUGCAUGCAGAAGACCAUUGUAUUUUGAGGAGGUAGGAAUAAUACCCAGUAGUGAUGAGUGGAAGUGAGAGCUGGACCAUAAAGAAGGCUGAUCACCGAAGAAUUGAUGCUUUUGAAUUACGGUGCUGGAGGAGACUCUUGAGAGUCCCAUGGACUGCAAGAAGAUCAAACCUAUCCAUUCUGAAGGAAACCAGCCCUGAGUGCUCACUGGAAGGACAGAUCCUGAAGCUGAGGCUCCAAUACUUUGGCCACCUCAUGAGAAGAGAAGACCCCCUGGAAAAGACCCUGAUGUUGGGAAAGAUGGAGGGCACAAGGAGAAGGUGAUGACAGAGGUCAAGAUGGCUGGACAGUGUUCUCGAAGUUACGAACAUGAAUUUGACCAGGCUGGGGGAGGCAGUGGAAGACAGGAGUGCCUGGCGUGCUCUGGUCCAUGGGGCCAUGAAGAGUCGGGCACGACUAAACGACUAAACAACAACAGGAAUAAUACCCAGCAAUGCUUUGCUAUUACCCUGUUUGGAGGGGCUACGAUGGAAAAGACCUCUCUAGGCAACUGUGUGAUGCUGAUAGACUACAAGGACAUGUUUAAGAGGUUGCUGAUCCAAUACAAUACAGUGUACCUCGGGUUAAGUACUUAAUUCGUUCCGGAGGUCUGUACUUAACCUGAAACUGUUCUUAACCUGAAGCACCACUUUAGCUAAUGGGGCCUCCUGCUGCCGCCGUACCACCGGAGCACGAUUUCUGUUCUCAUCCUGAAGCAAAGUUCUUAACCUGAGGUACUAUUUCUGGGUUGGUGGAGUCUGUAACCUGAAGCGUAUGUAACCUGAAGCGUAUGUAACCUGAAGGUUCCACUGUAUAUGAAGGUUUCAAUAUUCUCCCAGGGAAGUUCUGCUCUAAAGUCUGUCGUUUAUCUGUCUACACGAGCUGAGAUGGCUCUGGACUCGAUGCAGAUCGAACUUCUUACAACUGACAAAGGUGAAUGGGUUCUAUCAGGCUCAGCGUGAUUAGUGUAAGUAGUCCAUCUGGUUGCCUUAAGACAGAUGACAGAAUAACACUCUCCUGUUCUUGGAUUUGAGGACUGCAUUUCCUGAGCCCCUUAUGGUAGGAGUCUCUAAUCACUUCCCUUGUAGCAUUACUUUAUAUUUAUUUACUCACUGCAUUUAUAUUCCACCUCUCCUCCAAUUUGCUCACGGUGGCAUGCGUCGUUCCCCUGCCCCCCUUUUUUCCUUAUGACAACCCUGUAAGGCUGGCUGGGUUGAGAGCACAGCGAUGAAAUCCUUUCGGCAGACUCCAAUAAAACCGCCUUCACAAAUCUCUUAAGAACAAUAAAACAAUGCACCAGAGCUACAAUUGCUCUGUAAGUGACAAGCAGGGUGGAUAAAAAUCAACAAUUUUUUUUUAAAAAAACAGAUUUUUAAAAAUUUAAAUCAGAUUUUAAAAAUUUUAAAUCAGAUUUUUUAAAAUUUAAAUUGGUUUUUUUAAAAUAAAAUGCUUUUGGAGGAAAAAUCUUUCUAAAGAUAGUUUUCUAUUUACGUUACAUUAUAGUCCAAAGGCUAUUCAUCAGGAAAUAAGGAUUUGUUUUAAGUUUUUCAUGUGUGCUAAAACUCAGUCUGUUUUAUUUUAAAAGAAGUUUAACCGCAUCAGUUAACAAACAUGGAUACAUUUGCUAUAAUGUUAUUGCUUUAGUUAAAUAAAUUGUUUAAAUUGUUAUUAAGGAAAUUAUUAUUUUUCUCCUUCCAAUAAAGUAGAGCAGAAAAGUUGUCCAAAUAUAAACAGUUAACUUAUUAAACCUCACAAUAAUUUCAUAAUUAUCGGUCUAUGUAUUUCUAAUAGUAUAACCAAAUCAGUAAUUUUUGAUAUAACUGUAAAAACUACUCUGAAAAUUUAUUAUUCCAAAAAUGAAACCCUCAACUGGUUGUAAAUAUUAAGAUUAUACCAGUAAUGGGUCUUUCUGUAAAAAGAAAAGAAAAAGAUUUAAAUCAAGUCUUACUGACUAGUGAUUUAAAUCAAGUCUUAUUGACUAGUGAUUUAAAUCAAUUUGAUUUAAAUCAAAUCCGCCCUGGUGGAUCUUCAGUACUGGCCCUGACUUGGUGGAACGCUCUGUUACAAGAGACUAGGGCCCUGCGAGACUUGACAUCUUUCCUCAGGGCCUGCAAGACAGAGCUGUUCCGCCUGGACUUUGGUUUGGACUCAGUCUGACCCUUAUGUUUCCCUCCCCUUAUGAUUUUGAUCUAUGGGCUACUUUUAAAGUGAAACUCAAUAAAAAGAAGAAAAAAUAAAAUAAAAUAAAAUGAGGCUGCAUUUUAAAUUGUAUUUUAACCUGUAUUUUGAAUUGGUUCCCCCUUCAUUAUAUUUUUACUGUAAUUUUACUGGUGUUAGCCGCCAUGAGCCUGGCUCUGACUGGGAAGGGCGGGUAUAAAUAAAAUUUAUUAUUAUUAUUAUUAUUAUUAUUAUUAUUACUUAGGCCAUGAAUCUCACUGGGUAACCUUGGGCUGGGUGCUGUCUCUCCGCCUCACCCCCUGGAAUGGUUUAACUCUGAUUAACUUAGUGCAAGGGCCACAUUCCCCUUGGGGAAACCUUCUCGGGGCCACAUGCUGGUGGUGGGCGGGGCCAGCGGCAAAAGUGGGCAGGGCCACAAAACUUACCUUUGUAUAGUAGGCUACUUUCUUCCCGCACUCACCUGCCCCUCUCUAUCCUCCACCCAGGCAGGCAAGAAUCAUUGUCAAGAGAUUGAGGACACAUUUCUGGCUAGGCAAAAACGCACAAGGACAGGGCAAUGCUGGUCCAAUGGAGUGUGUGUGGCUAGGGAUGUGGUGUAGCCUACGUAGGGUCCUUGGAGGCUAUGUCUAGCCAUCAUGGCUACUACCCACUGGUAGCUUUCCUGAUCCACCAAGGUUCUCGUCGCCCCAGCAAGGCAAUGGCUUAGGUGAGACUGCACAAGGUAAGGAUGUUAGCUGGAGUUGAUCAGGAACAGGGAAGGUUCAGGACCCUGGACAGUACUGCAGGUUCUGGCCCAAGGAUUUAUUGUUCCUUCAGUCUGUGUGUAUAGAAGGACAUUUCAUAGAAUCAUAGAAUCAUAAAGUUGGAAGAGACCACAAGGGCCAUCGAGUCCAACCCCCUGCCAAGCAGGAAACACCAUCAGAGCACUCCUGACAUAUGGUUGUCAAGCCUCUGCUUAAAGACCUCCAAAGAAGGAGACUCCACCACACUCCUUGGCAGCAAAUUCCACUGUCAAACAGCUCUUACUGUCAGGAAGUUCUUCCUAAUGUUUAGGUGGAAUCUUCUUUCUUGUAGUUUGGAUCCAUUGCUCCGUGUCCGCUUCUCUGGAGCAGCAGAAAAUAACCUUUCUCCCUCCUCAUUUGCUGGAGUGAAGUGUAACAUACGAAAAUGCAUUAUAUUAGGGGGGGAUUUGACCAUAUUCUGUUUGCUUUGAAACAAAUACAAGAACCCCAAAACAAUAUUAUGGGAAGUUUGGUUGCAAAAAUGCAUUAUAUUAAGAGAAACAGCACAUAUAAAUGAGAACAUCGGGGGGGGGGGAUUUGCAUGAAAAUGCUGGUGAGUUUUCAUCGAAACCUUAAAAAUAUUAAAUUGCACACCGAUGCAGAAAUGCCAAGAACUGGAUUUAAGGCUGGCGAAAUGAAAAAUGGGCAGAAACCAAAAACUGACUGAUUAACCCAUUCCUGCUGUGGUGGAGUUGGGGGCGACACGGGGAGCUGCCUACCUUGACAUCCUUCAAACGCUCUUGGAUGGGCUGAAUGGGAUGCAAAGCUUUCUCUGCGAGUGGAGACCCUCUGCCUCUAUCUGCUUCUACAGGGCUUGGCGUUGCUCUGGAGAGAAUAGGCUUUUUUGGUGGGCCGCCUUCUGGAGAAGAUGAUGUAUUGCAUGACAAGGACUAGGAACAGGUGGAUCCAUCUGUUUCCUCCCAACGCCUGUUCUGAGUUCGUCUGUUCAAAAGCCUUGUUUCUGCGACAACAAUCUGCAUUUCCCCUACCCAUUGGGCAGUAUCCAGAUAACUUGUUUGGUCGGCGCUAGGAUUUAACCUUGUGUAAUGGAACUUUAAGGACGCGGGUGGCGCUGUGGGUUAAACCACAGAGCCUAGGACAUGUCGAUCAGAAGGUUGGUGGUUUGAAUCCCUGCAACGGGGUGAGCUCCCGUUGCUCCUGCCCACCUAGCAGUUUGAAAGCACGUCAAAGUGCAAGUAGAUAAAUAGGUACCACUCUGGCGGAAAGGUAAAUUGCGUUUCCGUGCACUGCUCUGGUUCGCCAGAAGCGGCUUAGUCAUGCUGGCCACAUGACCCGGAAGCUGUACACCGGCUCCCUCGGCCAAUAAAGCGAGAUGAGUGCCGCAACCCCAGAGUCGGCCACGACUGGACCUAAUGGUCAGGGGUCCCUUUACCUUUACUAAUGGAACUUUCCCCAUUUUCCUCCCCGCCCCCCUGUAGGCCCCUUACACCUCUCCUAGGGGUCCCCUCUGUGGGGCAGAUCUGGGGCAUACAGGCAUACAAAGGGAAGUUCCAUUCUGCACACAUGAAUUUUUUCACUGGUGUGAUGAGGUACGUAGGACUGCAGUGGCUACAGUGGAUACAACAUACCCCUGUUCAGGGAAGCUUUUAAUGUUUAAUAGGUUAUUGUAUUUUAGUGUUCUGUUGGAAGCCGCCCAGAAUGGCUGGGGAAACCCAGCCAGAUGGGCGGGGUUUAAAUAAUAAAUUAUUAUUAUUAGUAUUAGUAUUAGUAUUCCCCACCACCACCAAAAAAAUAGGCAUUUUUGUAUGUUAAACCUAUCCCCCCCCCCCCAUUUUUAGAUAUGUGUUUCUGUGUAGGUUAUAUCUAGCUGCCAGAUAUUGCAUUGCAGAAUUCAAAGGAAUGCAAAGACGGAAGGAUAACUGUUCCACUCUGCAAAUUAGUCUGGGAAGGGCAAAUGAUUUGCUUAAAAAUCAGGGUUGCACAAACUCCACAACAACCCUGCCAGAUAAGGCAGCUUCUGGUGCUCCUCUUUCAGUCCCAUCUUGUACCAUUUCUGUUCUUUGUCUCCUUGCAGGCAUGAUGAUGCCAUCGGCAAAAUCUCCCUCAGCAAAGACUUCAUCUCAUCUCACUCUCGGGGUAGGUGCCAGUGGGCACUCUAGUGGGAAGGGUGACCAAUGGCUGCGGGGGGUGGGGUGUGAGGGGUAUGAUGUUGUAUUGUGUUUCCUACUAUUUUUUGUUGGGAGCCGCCCAGAGCUGGGGCAUCCCAGUCAGAUGGGCGGCAUGCAAGCAAGCAAGCAAGCAAACGUCAACAAAAAAACAAACAAAUGUUGAUGCCAACAAACAAACAAACAAACAAUUGUUGUUGUUAACAGAUAGAAAAAUCCCUAAACUAUCUGCCAAGACCAUCAACAAUUUUCAUAUGGAAAGGGAUAUAUAUACCGUAUUUUUCGCUCUAUAACACGCACCAGACCAUAACACGCACGUAGUUUUUAGAGGAGGAAAACAAGAAAAAAAAUAUUCUAAACGAAAUAGUGGAUAUUUGAUUUUUGUGGUUCAUGCUGUGGCCACAGACAUGUGAUCUGACAGUGAGUUUGGAGUAGCCCAAUGCAAAAAUCCUGAGGAUCCAUGUGGAUCCAUGCUUUGUAACCACGGAGGAGGGAAGGAAGGGGAACCAUGGAUCCUCUGCUCACGACUGCAGCAGAUCCCCACCACCACCCACAGGCAUUCGCUCCAUAACACGCACAGACAUUUCCCUUUACUGUCUAGGAGGAAAAAAGUGAGUGUUAUGGUGCAAAAAUUACGGUAUACACACACACACAUAUACAUAUAUACAUAUAUAUAUACACAUAUAGUCCUUCUGCAAACUUCUGCUGUGUUUCCCAUUCUCUCUCUCUUCCUCCAAUGCAGGAAUCGACAGCUGGAUCAACCUGAGCCCUGUGGAUCCCAACGAAGAGGUGCAGGGGGAGAUUUCGGUGGAGCUGCAGGUGGUGGAGGAAUCCCACAAGAGGGUGCUGUGCUGCCAUGUCAUUGAAGCCAGGUAGAAGAAGGGUUUUCUCUCUGUGUGUCCUCCUCCCCUUCUCCCCUUUCUAGCUCAAGAGUGCAUCUCAAGCAGGUGGAGGGAAUGUUCUUUCAUGUGUGGUGGACUUGUAAAAGGGUUAAAAAAGUUUUGGGAAAUGAUCCAUAAUGAAUUGAAAAAAAAAUGUUUAAAAGUACUUUCCAAAAACACACACACCCAGAUUCCUUUCUGUUGGGGACAAUUCAGACUGAAAUUCCUAGGCGUCAAAAAAGGUUAUUUAUAUAUGCCACUUCUGCAGUCCAUGUUUCAUUAGCCCAAAAAUGGAAAGCGAGGGAAGUACCAACCAAAGAAGAAUGGUAACUUAAAUUGACAGAAUAUGCACAGCUUGCAGACUUAACAUACAGAAUAAGAGAACAAGAAGAGCAUAUGUUUAGAGAAGAUUGGAAAACAUUUAUUGAAUAUAUGGGAAAUAACUGUGUACAGCUGAAAACGCUUAAAAUAAAUUCAACAGUGUAAAUAAGUUUUGAUGGAUGCAAUACUGGAAUACUGAAUGGUGUAGUUUCUUUAAAAUAUGCAGGGACUUAUGAUAUGUAAAAUGAACCAUGGAAAGAGGAGAAGGGAAGUCAUUGAUAUCUUAAGGAUGUAAAAAUAAGUACUUUAAAUUGUAAAAUAGAAAAAACUGUAUGUAUAUAUAUACGUGUGUACACACACACACACACACACACACACUAUCUAUCUGUCUGUCUGUCUGUCUGUCUAUAUGAGAGAGAGAGUGCAUCUGAAGCCUGGGGAUUAUUUUCUGGAUAUAUACCCUUCACAGGCCCUGUGUCAGGCCCUCCUUGAGAGCAUCUGCUUGCAUGGAAGGCUUCUGUUGUCACAUCCACACCUUACAUUUAAACUAAGCGCUAUUAUACUUCAAAGAGCGCCUUUCUCAAUAUCAAUCAUCUUGUACCCUAUGACUGGCAGAUGAGGCCUUCUUGGUGCUGCCUGCUUGCUGCUGACCCACGGCAGGGCCUUCUCAGUGGGGGCUCCUCACUUGUGGAAUGUCUUCUUUAGCAAGGUGCACCCUGUCUCCAUCCUUACUAACUUUCAGGGUGGAUUUGAAAACAUCCCUGUCGACCCAGGUAUUUGAUGGCUGAAGAAUAUUGUUCCUGGCCACCCCAAGAUCACUGGUUGGAAGGGAACUAAAACUGCUUUUUAGAAUGCUUUUGCUUUUAUUUAAACUGUGCAUCUGUUUUCCUCCCUGAGCUCAAGGUGGCAUGAAUGGUUCCCUCCCUCUUCAUUUAAUCUCCACAACAACCCUGUGAGGUAGGUUAGGCUGAGAGACAGUGAUCACCCAGUGAGCUUCAUGGCCAAGUAGGGAUUUAAACCCUGGCGCUGUGGGUUAAACCACUGAGCCUAGGACUUGCUGAUCAGAAGGUCGACGGUUUGAAUCCCUGUGACGGUGUGAGCUCCCGUUUCUCGGUCUGUGCUCCUGCCAACCUAGCAGUUCAAAAGCACGUCAAAGUGCAAGUAGAUAAAUAGGUACUGCUCCGGCGGGAAGGUAAACGGCGUUUCCGUGCGCUGCUCUGGUUCGCCAGAAGCGGCUUAGUCAUGCUGGCCACAUGACCCGGAAGCUGUACGCCGGCUCCCUCGGCCAAUAAAGCGAGAUGAGCGCCACAACCCCAGAGUCGGUCACGACUGGACCUAAUGGUCAGGGGUCCCUUUACCUUUACUCCCAGGUCCUAGACUGACACACUAUCCACUAUAAUACACUGGCAGUCUUGUCAGUCGUGACAUCUCCCCAAAGAAACCUGAGGGAACUGUAGCUUGCCCUUCACAGAGCUACGGUUCCCAGGAUAUAUUUUUCUUUGGGGGGGAGGGGAAAGGAACAUGCAAAAAAGUUACCAGUAACGUGCCUGUGCAUUUUGAAAUGAAUAUAUAACUUUAACUUAGUGCUACAUUGGAUGCAACCCAAAAGCACAGGUUUGGAAAAUGUUGGGGGUGUGUGGCUGUUGUGGAACAUCUUUUUUGAUGAUAUAUGCUAGAUUUUUUAAAAUUAAAAAGUUGAAAAGCUAGAAGAGUGCUUGGAGGUGUUCACUUUCCUCACUUCCCCCUCUCCCAGUGAGAAAAAGAAGGGUGGUUGUAAUAAAAAGGUGUUGUGGCUGCUGAAACCGAGUGCGAAUCUUCAUGCACUCUUGGCUGCCUCCCAGUCCCUUAGAAAGUGAGAUAAUUAACACCUUAUGAAUAAUCAUAAUAAAAAUGAACACUGGGGCUGUGAAAAGAUUUGGCAGGAGUGGAGGGUUGGGUGGGUGGGUGGUGGAUUUAGGGACAGCUCACAUUUAUCUUGAUUUUUUUAAAAUGUCUUUUCGGGUCAGGCUUUUGAUUUUCUGUGACAAAAUGCUUCUUUCACAUAUUUAGCUGGGAUGGAUAACAAAAUGGUAGCCCUUGUUGUGGUUUGUGCCAUUUUUGAAGGUUUUGCUUUUCGAGUCAAGGUGCUAGUCCUCAGGAAGAUGCAGGGAGUUCCAAGUUUUGAUGUUCACAAAUGGCAAGCCUCAGGCCUGGGGGCCAAAUGCAGCUCUCCCCACUUUUCUCUGCCUGGCCCUCAGGACUCUCUCCAGGGCCACUUUCACCCCAUAUAUUUAAACCACUGACCUAUGGCUGGUGUUUUUAUGUUUAAAAUGCUACUUGCCUGGGAUGGAAAGAAGGAGCUUUUAAUGAUCAGAAGUUGUGCCUUCAGAGAAGAAAGUGACUGAUCUCCAGCAUCUAUCUAUCUGUCUAUCUAUCUAUCUAUCUAUCUAUCAUCUAUCAUCUAUCUAUCUAUCAUCUCCCACCUUUUCCUCUAAGGAGCUCAGGGUCGAAUACAUUGUUCCCCCCAAUCCUGCUCUUCAUUUAAUCCCCACAACAACCCUGUGAGGUAGGUUAGGCUGAGAGGCAGUGACUGGCCCAAGGCCGCACCCUCAUGUGGUGGAGUGGGGAUUCGAACCCACCUCCCCCGUUUCGUUCCAGCACUCUAACUGCUACCGUUGUUGUUGUUUAGUCAUUUAGUUGUAUCUGACUCUUCGUGACCCCAUGGACCAGAGCACGCCAGGCACUCCUAUCUUCCACUGCCUCCUGCAGUUUUGUCAAACUCAUGCUGGUAGCUUCGAGAACACUGUCCAACCAUCUCGUCCUCUGUCGUCCUCUUCUCCUUGUGCCCUCCAUCUUUCCCAACAUCAGGGUCUUUUCCAGGGAGUCUUCUCUUCUCAUGAGGUGGCCAAAAUAUUGGAGCCUCAGCUUCAGGAUCUGUCCUUCCAGUGAGCACUCAGGGCUGAUUUCCUGAAGAAUGGAUAGGUUUGAUCUUCUUGCAGUCCAUCGGUCUCCUCCAGCACCAUAAUUCAAAAGCAUCAAUUCUACGGCAAUCAGCCUUCUUUAUGGUCCAGCUCUCACUUCCAUACAUCACUACUGUAUGGAAUUGAGAGCUGGACCAUAAAGAAGUCUAACCGCUACACUGCAUGCUAACUCAGUGCAAGAGAUACCAUUCUGGAUGAGAUCGCUACCUUUCUCUCAAUGCUCUGCUUUGCAGGAGUGAUGCUGCUGAAGGGUUCAGUGCGUGGGAACUGAGAGGGUUAGGGAAAAGGAACAGGUGGUCAGAGACCAUGAAAAAGCAUCCUCCUCUCCUGGAUGCUCAACUGGGAACCUAGGCAACCGGUUAGCCAAUAGGAAAUGGGUGGAUCAUAGGGGUGAGUGGGAAAAAGAAUGGAAUGAGUGGCUGCAGUCAAGGAAUAAGGGGUCGGCAGUGGUGUGGGUGUAAUAGCAUAAGUCCUGUUGCCUAAAGACAUCUCUGUUUCAUUUUGAACUGACACGGUCCUCAGAAUGCGGGUACAGGGAAUACUUAUUUGCAAAGCGAAUCUUGCCUGAGUUCUAGAUGUUUUUGGCACAGGUUGGAGUUGAUCAGUGGUGAAGGGGAAUGGCACUCUGUACAUGCUCAGGGGUUACAUGCUCUGUUAGGCUGGAAACAGAUUUUUUAUUUUUUAAAUUGUUGACAGAGGCACAUUUUCUUGUUCUCUACUCCUCUUUAGUCAGUUGCUGUUAAGCCCUUUUGAGUAUGACAACAGGGGAGCAGAAUAAAAUUAUUACUAUUACUAGGUAGAGCUUGCGGACAAGUUUACCGGUGAGGUCACCUUACCCCAUAAAUGUCCACUCGUCUGCUUCAAUAUACGGAACAAUAUACCUGUUACAAGUGCCACAUAAUUCUUAUUCCACAUUUGUAAGGGAUCAAUCUUUUAGCCUGGCAGGGGCUGAACUUUGGAACUCACUGCCACUUGACAUCAGACAGGCCCCUUCACUGUACUCUCUUCUACACCUGCUAAAAACUCUUUUUUUUUCAGGUAAAAGUAUCCAGAUAUGUAUGUAGAAUGUUGACAGGUUUUUAGCUUAUCAAUGACUUUAAUUGUUUUUUGAAUGCUUUAAAUAGUUUUUAACUGUUUCGACUGAUCAUUUCCUUGUUUUAUACUUUAUGUAUACUGCUUUGAGGGUUUUGUUUUGUUUUUAAUAACCAAGCAGCACAUAAAUUUUAUGAAAUAAAAUUAGUAGUGUUAGUAGUACAGUCAUAUCUCGGAAGUCAAACGGAAUCUGUUCCGGAAGUCCGUUCGACUUCCAAAAGGUUUGGAAACCAAGGUGCGGCUUCUGAUUGGCUGCAGGAAGCUCCUGCAGCCAAUCGGAAGCUGCGUCAGAUGUUUGGCUUCCAAAGAACGUUUGCAAACUGGAACACUCACUUCCGGGUUUGCGGCAUUCGGGAGCCAAAACGUUCCAACUUGCAAGGUGUUCGGGAUCUAGGGUACAACUGUAGUGCUGUUUACAUUUUUAUCCCAAACUUCUCUGAAAAUUCAAGCUAGCAGACAUGAUUUCUCUCUCCCUUGAGACUGAGAUACAGGGAUUGGCCCAAGAUUGCUCAGGAAGCUUUGUGUCAGAGCAAGGGUUUUUUUUGGAAUCCAGAACUCCCCUGUGCAAAUCCAACAGGCUCCCUGCACUACAUGGGCAGGGGUGUCAACUUGAAUAAAAUAGGGUGGGAGCCCACGUGAGCCACACCCAGCAUAAUCAUUCACAUGACAUAGUGCACACACACCAUUUGAAUGGGAAUGUCCAUCAGCUGGGGGAGGCAGGGCGGAUCCUUAAAAUAUUUUAUUGUGGGGGCCGCAGCACCCAUGGUGCCUAGGAGUUGGCUCCUAUGUUUGGUGGUAGUGAUAGCAGUAGCCGUGUUACGGUGUCAGAAAGUUUAUGGCAGCUUGAAAAAGAGUUUUCAAUUUGCGGUGGAUAUAAUGCUGAAUAAAUACAAGCAACAGGACCUGCAGGCACUCAGAAUUUUGUGGCAAUUUUGCGUGCUUAGACAACCACUGGGGUGGUUUUGCCCCCUUACCUUGCCAAGAUCUUCUCCACUUCUGCAAAUCUUGAGGUUCCCCCAAACCUGUUGAUACCUUACUCUGGUUUUUCAGUAGCCCUGUUUUGGCUACGUAGCCAUCGUCACUUGUUGGAAUGAAUCCACGACAGACGAGUGGCAGGUGUCAUAUGAGAGGCGUCUGCCGGGGCAAGCCCCGAGAACUCUCUUUUAUUGAAUAUUACAAACAUUGCCACAGGUGUGCUUGUGGCUGAUUGGUUGAUACAAACACAAAGCAACUUGUUGCUGAUUGGUUAACAUAGGUACAAGGCGGGAAUUACAUAUAACCAUUUAUCACUGAUAGAUUAAAGGCUGGGAAACGGAGCUGGAACUAAACAGGCAUGAAACCUCCUAAUUAAAUUAUAACUAAAGAUUAAUAUAACAUGACUAAAACAAUUACAGUGGUGCCUCGCAAGACGAAAUUAAUCCGUUCCGCGAGAGUCUUCGUCUAGCGGUUUUUUCGUCUUGCGAAGCAACUCUAUUAGCGGCUUAACGGAUUAGCGCUAUUAGCGGUUUAGCGGCUAUUAAAGGCUGAAUGGCGUCGGGGAUUAGCUGCUAAAAGGCUAUUAAAGGCUUAGCAGAUUAGAUAAAGGGGGAAAGCAAAAAAUCUCUAGACUCGCAAGACAUUUUCGUCUUGCGAAGCAAGCCCAUAGGGAAAUUCGUCCUGCGAAGCAACUCAAAAACGGAAAACCCUUUCGUCUAGCGGGUUUUCCGUCUUGCGAGGCAUUCGUCUUGCGGGGCACCACUGUACUAAUGAUUGAUCAUAACAUGAAAGAGUAUAAUAAUCGAGUUCCGUAGAUGUGGUCAGCUAUACAUUAAGAACAGGUCAUAUUGUUUGUUCAUGAACUUAAUGUGAACUGAGGAAUGAGGGAAUGUCUGGGUGUGUUUAGAACAGGUUUGUACAGUGUGUGCAGAAGCAGAAGCGAGACUUCCCAGAAUGCAAGAGAAAAGAAGCAAUAGUUCCCAUAGCAAGACUUCCCAUAAUGCCACAGUUAUGUGCAGUAAGAGAACUGCAGAAAGAGAACUUCCCUUUAGUCACUCAGCACCCGAGUUUGAGUUUGCUGUUAGAAGACAGCCACACACCUAAGGCUGAAAUGAACCCUCCGCUGCCAGGAAAGGCCUUCCUUUGUCAACCUCAGCAGUGAGCCCCCUUUAAGAAGUUUUUGUUUUGUUGAUGAAGCUACAUUUCAUUUUUGUUAAAUUAAAAAUAAAGAAAUAAAACCCUGUUGGAAUAUACAGUGGUACCUCAGGUUAAGUACUUAAUUCGUUCCGUAGGUCCAUACUUAACCUGAAAUUGUUCUUAACCUGAAGCACCACUUUAGCUAAUGGGGCCUCCUGCUGCCGCCGCACCGCCAGAACCAGAUUUCUGUUCUCAUCCUGAAGCAAAGUUCUUAACCUGAAGCAAUAUUUCUGGGUUAGCGGAGUCUGUAACCUGAAGCAUAUGUAACCUGAAGCGUAUGUAACCUGAGGUACCACUGUACUUCCUGAUAUCCAUCUGCCAUCUUCCUCCACAUAGAGACCUUGCUCCGCGGGACACCUCCGGAACCUCAGACCCCUUUGCCCGUGUCCUGUGGAAUGGGCAGGUGCUCGAAACAGCUGUAAGUAUAGCCCCUGAUGCGUUUCAAGUGUCAGAACCAUAUGGUAGGAUUUGAAUCCAAGACCUGGGAAAUAAGAACUGGAGUCAAAGCCCAGAAAGGCUAUUGUGUCCCAGGGAAAGUCUGAGUCUGAACAGGAAGUGAGGACUGGGGAAUCUUAUCCAUUUUCAGUUUCUCUCUUUCUCAUUUUUCCUGUCUUAGUACUUCAUGUUUUUUGCAUUAGCUUGUGUGUGGGAGUUUUUUUUUUCCAACCCUCAUGAAAAUUCACCAGCAUAUUAGUAUGAAUUUCUCCUAAUGUACACAUUUUUUGGUGCAAUUUUGCCCAACGCACACACAAUUUGCCAUAAUAUAAAUGUAUUUUUAUUUUACUUUCAUGGAGAUGGAUGCAGCUAGAUCCGCUAUUUUCUGUGCACGCACCUAGGCAAAUGAUUUGGAGUGCUCCAAAAAUCUUCAGGGUGUCUUCAGUUACGUUUUCCUUUCAUGUUCCACUGUACAUAACAUAACUUGCACACCGUUCUCUUGAAACUGAAGCUCAUUGUGUUUCCAAAUGUCCCUAAAUGCUUAGCUUUGGGGCAGGCAGAACAACUCCUCCUUGGUCUUCUUCCGGCGCACCUUAUCCAGAACAACCCUAGGAGCCAAUCCUCAGUGACUGACUGUCUUCCUUUCAUUCUGAUUGGCUCCCAUCAGCACAAAAGGUGAGAAGAAGGCUUCUUCUCAGUGGCUAAAACAAAGUCCCCUUUUGUGCCGAUUGGGUACCUCUAGGAUGCUGAAAACAGGCUUCCUGCUGGAAUCCUGGUGCAGAAAUACUAACAGGUCUUUGACAUGCACACCCUCUAGGAACAGAGUCUCCCCAUCUCUAUUCUCCUUUUAACAACAACCCUGUGUAGUAGGUUAGCCUGAAAGGCAGCUGCUGGCCCAGGAUCACCCAAUGAGCUUUAUUGGUUGAGUGGGGGAUUUGAACUCGGGUCUCUUAGAUCCUAGUCUGGCAAUCUAACCGCUACACCACAAGCUGACUCACUCCAUGUGGCUGCACACAAACGGCCGUGUGUCUCACCGUGGGCAAGGCGGCAGGGGUGAUUGUGGUGGUGUUUGCUCUUAAACGGGGCAUUUGUCCGCUUGCGUUUACGCAUUCUUCUGCCUCUGCAGAUCAUCAAGAAAACUCGCUUCCCGCGCUGGGAUGAGAUGCUCGAGUUUGUCCUGGAGGAGGGGACCUCUGGGGAAACCCCGCUGAUCGUAGAAGUGUGGGAUUGGGACAUGGUGGGCAAGAAUGACUUCCUGGGACGGGUGAGUGGUGGGCACAGGAGGCUGGCCUGGCUGGGUCCCUUUUAUGCAAGCUCUGAGGUGUGGGAAUGUUGUGGAUAGUAGGAGAGGAUAUAUUGAUUAAAUAUUAUCCUUCCUCAGGCACGCUAGUGAGCUAGUAGCACAGCACAUUCCCUUGCACAUUGCUGGAAGCUACCGGUUGUUAAUAAUAAUAAUAAUAAUAAUAAUAAAUUUUAUUUAUAUCCCGCCCUCCCCAGCCAAAGCCAGGCUCAGGGCGGCUAACAACAAUCAAAUAAUCAAACAAUCAAAUAAUCCAACAUUCUAAAACAUUUCAUUAUAAAAAUUAAUUAAAAUCAAAUUAAUGGCAACCGUUAAGCAAAGUUCUGUGCAGGUUGCCAGAGGAGGGAGUCAGGCUGGGCCCUGACCAAAGGCCUGGUGGAACAACUCUGUCUUGCAGGCCUUGCGGAAAGAUGUCAGGUCCCGCAGGGCCCUAGUCUCUUGUGACAGAGCGUUCCACCAGAUUGGAGCCACAGCCGAGAAAGCCCUGGCUCUAGUUGAGGCCAGCCUAACCUCUCUGAGGCCUGGGACCAUCAGGAUGUUUUUAUUUGCAGACCGUAGGUUCCUCUGUGGGGCAUAACAGGAGAGGCGGUCCCGUAGGUACGAGGGUCCUAGGCCCUAUAGGGCUUUAAAGGUUAAAACCAGCACCUUAAACCUGAUCCUGUACUCCACCGGGAGCCAGUGCAGCUGGUAUAGUACCGGAUGAAUGUGAUCUCGCAGCAAAGACCCCAUAAGGAGUCUCGCCGCGGCAUUCUGCACCCGCUGGAGUUUCUGGGUCAGUCUCAAGGGCAGCCCCACGUAGAUGGAUGGAUUGAUGGAUUCGUAAGAAUCAUUUGAGUUGAGCAAUCUGGCUUGUCCAGAUUGGAUUGUUCCUGGUAAAUUUCCCCUUUAUUUCUCUCUUAAAAACAACAAUAACACAACAGUCUUAUUUUAAAAGUAAUGGUAAAGUUUACUUACAUUCAGUUCACAGUAUGGUCCUGAAGGCAGCCUUUAAUUUUGUACAGUGGUACCUCUGGUUACAAACUUAAUUCGUUCUGGAGGUCCGUACUUAACCUGAAACCGUUCUUAACCUGAGAUACCACUUUAGCUAAUGGGGUCUCCCGCUGCUGCCACACUGCCGCCACAUGAUUUCUGUUCUCAUCCUGAGGUAUAGUUCUUAACCUGAGGUACUACUUGCAGGUUAGCGGUGUCUGUAACCCGAAGUGUUUGUAACCUGAGGUACCACUAUCGUUACAGGUACAUGUGUAGAGAAAAGAAGUAUGAUCUAGACUACAGACUUUCUGCCUUGUGGCUUCCAUUGUCUGUAAGGAUGAGCCAUGUGCUAAGAGCCAGCAAAAGAGUCCAAAAGGAAAAAUGGAACAAGGCGAAAAGAAGAAGAUGGCUGCAUGGCUAGCCCUUUUUUUAGGGCCUGCCAGGGUCACACCCAUCUACCUGGUCACACGCAGGGGGAGGAUGCUCCAGACCAGGUGUGAUGGGAAGUCCUCCUGGCUGGAGCAACAUUCUCCUGUGUGUCCACUCUGGGCAAACAGGAAAUGUUGUAUCCGACUGCCUCAGUGACGUUACAUCUCACAUGAGGGGUUGCGGCUGCUGCUUUGACAGGGGUCAAAGAAUUGUGGAGUUGGAAGGGACCCUAAGGAUCAUCUGGCCCAACCCACUGCAACUCAAGAAUAUGCAGCUGUCCCUUACGGGGAUCAAACCUGCAACCUUGGCAUUAUCAGCACCACGCUCUGUCCAACUGAGCUAUCCAGGGUCGAACUAUAACUUGAGGAACUGAAUCGGGGAACGGGGAAGGUCUGAGGUCCGCAUUCCUUUCUGUGCAACCUCCUGGGGGCCACCUGCAAGCGGUGGGCGGGGCCAGAGGCAAAGGUGGGUGGAGCAAGACAUGUGAAUUUUACCUCAGGAGGGUAGUUUCUACACAGGCUCAUAGACACCUUGCUGCCCUCCAUCCCUGCAAGCCAGUUGUAUAAUCAGAGGCACAACCCGGCCUUUAGCCCUACCUGAAUAAACCCUUGAGUCGCAAACAGAAUGAUCCCUGCUGUUGCACUUCCAGCACUCAUUUACCUCCACACUGACCUGUCACUUUCUCUCAUCCAUGCAGGUUGAGUUCUCCUUGGAUGCCUUGCAGAAGGUCCCUGUCAAAGGCUGGUACCGCCUGUUGCCUUUCACCAGCACAGAGGGAGAUGCAGGGUAAAUGUGGGACCUCUUCUGGCCUUCUUGGGUCAUAGCAUUGUCAUGGAAUUCUAUUCGGUAUCAAUUCAGAGUAGAUUCCAGAUGUAUAGUUAGCAGAGUAAAAACUGAUUUAGCAGAGUAAAAACUGAUUGGCCACCUGGCAACCUUACGUGGCCGGGGUCUCCCCCAGUGUGAGGGGAGUGGCUAGGAGGCCAGACCACAACCCGGCCCCACCUGGAAGUAGACCCAAUAUUCCCCCAAAAUAGACCAGAGGCAGUUGUAUUUCAUCCAGCAGAGCUUUACUGCUACUGAAGGCAAAUGAGCAUAAAGGUCACAAAUCCAAUACAUUCAGGAUUGGCACUGUCCAUAAGAAAUCCAGUUGCAGCAGACUUAACUUAAACUUACAAUAACUUAUAAUAAGUCUAAACCUUAACACUAAGCAUACUAUGUACAGAGAACACCACACCAGAAGGAAAGAGAGAUAAAGAUAGAUAGAGACUUUUAUAGUUCGCAUGACCUUGACAGAAAGAGAUAACAGAACCAGUUUAAGGCAGCUGUACCCAGCUUCUCUGAAAGAAUAACCCAAACAUCAUGAACCUUCUGCUUGCUUCUUUCACACAGAGAAGCUUCCAGAAGCCUCUUGAAUUAAGUAGAAUAGGAAAGAACUCUACACAUCAGAUCAAUACUUUCUGUACUAAGAAAUGCGAACUGACAAGUACCGGUAUGUCAGGGCUUGGUGUGGCCAGGUGGCCAGGGGGUUGGGUUUGGGGUCUACUGACAGGUUGUCAGACUGAGGGGCCAGAGGUGAACAGCAGGAUCUUGGGUGGGGAGAGGUUGAGCUGUGGUACUCAGGGCCCAGUGGGAGCAUCAUAGUCCAAGGUGGAUGGGAGUUCACCUGGUCAGCCACUGUGAGAACAGGAUGGUGAAAUAGAUGGACCCACCUUAGAGUUGUGGUAAUUUUGUUUUAAGCUGCUUUUAAUAUUGUGUUUUUAAAAUUAAAUUUAUUUUCAACUGCUUUCAAUGUUGCAUUUUUAAAUCUAAAUUUAUUUUCAACUGCUUUCAAUGUGUUUUAAAAUUUAAAUGCAUUAAUUUUGUUUAUAAAGUGAUUUAAAUACCGCUAUAUCAUUUUUUUUUUAAAAAAAGUCAACGCCGUUUACAACAAUAUCUCUGUAUAUUAAAAACGCAUACAAAUUUGAAACCACAGGCAAUCAGCUAACCAUUAUGAAAAGAUGGCUUCCUAAUUGCCUGCGUAGGCCUGGCGGCACAAGGGAAAAAAUUUCUGCAGGCGUACAAAGUUUGGCACCGAAGGAGCCUGCCAGAUCUCUGUUGGCAGGAUAUUCCACAUGGCUGGGUCGAUGCCACUAAAAGCUCAGCUUCUUGUUGCUGCCAAAUGAGCCUUGUCAAUAAUAACUCACCCACAGAUGAAUUAGACUUCCCCUAAGGUAGCCUGAACCUAAGUUGCUCAGGGCGGAUUUUCUUUGCAGAUGAGCAGCCAGCGCAGAUAAUUUAACAAGGGUGGGGGAGCUGAAAAUAAUGCCAAUAUAUUUCAAUAAUGCCAAUACGCCCCUUUGUUUUCAGAUAGUACAUGGGUAGACGAGUUUAAAAAGCAAGGGACACAAACUUUCACAGCCCUCUAGUGGCUAUGGCGACUCGCUAACCAGAAGUCAUGUAUUUCGCGUGAACUCCAGAAGUCUAUAAUUGAUUCUGAUCAAACUAAGCCUCCUGGUGUAGAUUGUGCUCUCUGCUUGCAGGGGGAAGCUGGGGGCGCUGAGACUGCGGGUGCGACUCGCCGAGGAUCGGAUCCUGCCCUCCCGGUACUACCAGCCACUCAUAGACCUGCUGGUGGAGUCCGUCAUGUGCCCAUCAGAGGUGUGCACUUAGUGGUUUACCCUCCUUUUUUGUGCAUGAGAGAGACACGGGGUUAAAAAGAGGCAGGCGCAGUCAAGGCAGGUGUUUUGUGGGGAAAAUGGGGGGGGGAGAAGAAAUUUUGGGGGUGGGGAAUUUCACCUGAUAUCUCCGCCAUCUGGAGGUGCUUGCCUGGGGAUCAUUGUAUCUUGACUGUUUUCAUAUGCGAGCAACACACCCUGUAGAAUUCUACCCGUGAUAUUUUAUCUGCACAAUCAGAAUGAAUUUCAGGAACCGAAAAGUCUUGUUGAAAAACACGACUUUCGAGCUGUGUGACUCCCCAGGCAGCAACUAGUCUUUCAUACCCUCCAACAUUUCUCCGCUGAAAAUAGGGACAUCCUAUUCAAUCAUCAUCAUCCAUCUGACGGUUGCCCCAGCUACUCUGAGCAGCUUCCAACGUAUAUAAAAACAUAAUAUAACAUCAAACAUUAAAAACUUCCCUAAAUAGGGCUGCCUUCAGAUGUCUUCUAAAAGUCAGAUGCCUCGGCUUAAGAACUUAAUUUGUUCUGGAGGUCCGUUCUUAACCUGAAACUGUUCUUAACCUGAGGUACCACUUUAGCUAAUGGGGCCUCCUGCCACCGCCACCGCACUAUUUCUGUUCUUAUCCUGAAGUAAAGUUCUUAACCCGAGGUACUAUUUCUGGGUUAGUGGAGUCUGUAACCUGAAGCGUCUGUAACCUGAGGUACCACUUUAGUUGUUUAUUUCCUUGACACAUUGGAGGGCGUUCCACAGGGUGGUGCCACUACCAAGAAGGCCCUCUGCCUGGUUACCUGUAACCUCACUUCUCCCAGUGAGGUCCAGCCCUCAGAGCUGGACCUCAGUAUCUGGGCUGAACAAUGGGGGUAGAGACGCUCCUUCAGAUAUACUGGGCCAUUUAGGGCUUUAAAGGUCAGCACCAACACUUUGAAUUGUGCUCAGAAACGUACUGGGAGCCAAUGUAGGUAUUUCAAGACCUGUGUUAUAUGGUCUCAGCAGCCACUCCUUGACUGUAUCCCUGGUUUAAAAAACCGUUUGGGCCUAACUUAUAUGAGUUUCUAACACUGCAGGCAUGUGGCCCUUGGAAGGUUGCAAAUAAGCAAAUGUGGCCCUCGGGCUGAGAAAGGUUCACCACACCUGUUUUAAAUACAUACACACACAUAUAUAUGUAUGCCAUUUGCAGAUGUUCUGCUUCACUACAGGAGGAGGACGUCACACCCUUAGCCCUGCUGGAAGAGGUCUGCUCGUUGGAGAGUCGCCAGGAUGUAGCCACCAAAUUAGUCAAGAUCUUCCUUGGCCAAGGCUUGGUGCUGCCUUUUUUGGACUAUGUGAACCUCCGUGAGGUUUCAAGAACCAGUAAGUAAUUCCUUCAUAUGUCACGUUGUGCGUCUGUGCGCCAUUUGAGGUUGGUUGCCCAGGAUUGUGGCAGCAGGACCAGUUGGGUGCCUAGGGCUGGGUGUGAGCCCUGCAAUUCCAUAGCACAAAAGAGAGAACCUGGGUUUCUGAAAACCUUGGUUUUCAUUCUUCCAUACGAGCAAGUUUCUAGCCCCUAAGGUUGCAGAGAGCGAAGCUUGGAAGCAGCGGUUCUGGGGGAGCAUCUUCGCCGAACCUAAAGACUUCAGUUUGGGACCCAGACACAGAGCAGACUGCUUCUGCAGAGUUGGCCAGUGGGAAGGAGAGCAGAUGGUGUGAGAAAAAUCCAACGCCUUAAUGUAGGGGAGCCAGCGUCAUUCGCAGGUAGAUUUUCUCACUCGUGGUGCUAAUUGCAAACCCCCUCUGUGUUCUUUCAGCUGAUCCAAACACCCUCUUCCGUUCCAACUCCUUGGCUUCUAAAUCCAUGGAGCAGUUCAUGAAGGUGAGUAAAUAGUGGAGGAAGAACCAGCAGGUGGGUAUUGCUGAGUUCCAUCUCCCUCCCUCUCCCUUUCUCUCUCUCUCUCUCUCUCUCUCUCUCUCUCCACUCUGUGUGUGAGUUUCUGUGAAACAGAAGGGGCUGUCCCUGAGCCGCUAGGGUGGUGGUAAAUAAACAAAUCUGCAACAUGUGCCACAUUUUCAUGAGGUUUGGUUUCGGGUGCGAAUGAUGCCAUGGGGGGGGGGAGGCGGGGUGGCAAAACACCUGCCAUGAGAUGAGAUGAACCACCCUCUGCAGAGGAAAGAAAAAAUAUAUAUUUUCACAGCAAACAGGACAAACCCCCUUUUCUCUCUUUUUUUGCAAGCACUUGGUGAAAGGAAAAGGGAGAAGUGUCAGCGGUGUGUUGCGUUGAACAAAUCAGCUUGUAUUUACACACACACACACAGAGAGAGAGAGAGAGAGAGAGGGAGAGACAUCUAGCCUUUCCCCCAGUUUGGGUUUCAAGGCAUCUUUCCUAUUAAAAAAAAAGAGCAAGCAAAUAUCUCUCUCUCAUUACAAUGUAAUUAUAAUAAUAGAAUACCAUAUUUUUCUGUGUAUAAGAUGCCCCCAUGAAUAAGAUGACCCCUAUUUUUUUGAACCCAGAAUGAAGAAAACAAUAUUUUAGGGUUGCCUAAACCCUGAAACAGGGAAGUGGGUGGCGCUGUGGGUUAAACCACAGAGCCUAGGACUUGCCGAUCGGAAGGUCGGCAGUUCGAAUCCCUGUGAUGGGGUGAGCUCCCGUUGUUCAGUCCCUGCUCCUGCCAACCUAGUAGUUCGAAAGCACGUCAAAGUGCAAGUAGAUAAAUAGGUACCGCUCCAGCAGGAAGGUAAACGGCGUUUCUGUGCACUGCUCUGGUUCACCAGAAGCGGCUUAGUCUUGCUGGCCACAUGACUCGGAAGCUGUACACCGGCUCCCUUGGCCAAUAAAGCGAGAUGAGCGCCGCAACCGAAGAGUCGGUCACAACUGGACUUAAUGGUCAGGGGUCCCUUUACCUUUACUUAAACCCUAAAACGGAAGUGAAAAUCUGGACAAUCAGUGGUGGCGGUUGUUGAGCUUUCUUGGGGCGAUUGCCGCAACCCCUUAUCGGCUUAUACACAGAAAAAUACGGUAAUCAUAGAAUUGUAGAGUUCCCAUGGCAAGUGAAGGGGAACCUCUGACUAUUCCUCUAACUAUGGCCUGGGAACUGCAGGGCAAAAGAUGUGGGAUCUCUGACUAUUAAUAACACAAGAAAUCUCUGGAUUCUUUGGGGUAAACCAUGUGAGUUAACAUGUAUAUCCAGUAUAAAAGUUUGCAGUAAGGAUCUAUAUACCCUUUGAACAUUUCAGCACCAAUGAGAUGUUUUCAGUCAUUUUUUUCUUUCCACCCGGAUGUAUGUUUUGGAAAAAGUAUUUCCCCCCCUUCUUCUUUUCCUAACUCUCUGUGAUUCGUCAGGUGGUCGGGAUGCCUUAUCUCCACGAGGUGCUGAAGGCCAUCAUCAACCGAAUCUUCGAGGAGAAGAAGUACGUGGAGCUGGAUCCCUGCAAGAUUGAGCCGAGCCGGACCAGGUAAGAGGAAGAACACUCAAGAGGGAGCCGAGGUGUGUUUUGCAAAGGACAGAAAAGGAAAAGUGGUUGGGAGGGAGGAGGAAAGGAACUCAGGUACUAGAUCUCAGCUCCAGGAUUCCUUGAGAGGGACAGCUGGAAUGGAAAGAGUUCGAGGAGAGGAGGAGUGGGAAGAGAGUGGAGAACACAUCACUGUGACAUUCAGAGCAAGAGUGUAGGAGAGACAAGGCCGCCUGCUGAGAAAUGGGGGGUAGGGUGCCAAACGCCACGAGAAAAAUGAUUAAAAAACAGUGGUGCGUCGGGACGGGUGUCAUUCGCAGGUAGCGGUUUUUUCCUCACCCAACAGUGCUAAUUAAAACAGAAGCAAGAGAGCCUGCCUGGCAGAUGAUUUAUGACUCCAAAAAUAAUGUUGUGAGUUGGAGGUUGGGGCUGUUAGGGCUGCAUGCCUGAGACCCUUCUAAUUCCUGCAUGCAGCAAGGGUUCAAUGGUUGAAUUAGCUGUGAUGGUCCCUUAAGUAUGGGCCGUUAAGGUAACAAAGGAAGUGGCUCUGUGCUAGAAAUCAAAUGGAUGCCCCCCUCCCAGCUGUUAGUUAGAAGCAUAGCUGUCAACUGUCCCUUAUUUGGCGGGAAACUCCCUUUCCCCAGUGCCGUGUCCCGCUGCUGUCCCUUAUUGAUGAUGUCCCUUAAAUUUCCUGGGUUUCAUGCUCGCCCGGCUCGGGAGGGAAGCAGCGGCUCGGGGUCCUCCGCCACGUGAGAGCGCACGCGCUGGCGCCGUCAUCCUGGCGUGAGGAGUUCCAUCGGCCCUUCCCUGCCAGAGAGAGGGGGGGAGGGAGAGAGACUCUCGCCCACGCCGCCCGUGAGCCUGGAGGCGGCAGCGGUGGUGGCAGCUGAGGAGGCGGCCUGAGAGAGGAGGAAGAGGAUAGGAUGGGGAGGGACGCAGAAGGGCUGCGCUUCAGCGGCUGCGGUGGCACCGCAACCGCCUCAUGCCGGAUUGACAGCAUCUGUCAAUCCUACCAAUGUAUGUAACUCUUUACAAUAGCAAAAUCCCUUAUUUUAGCUGCUGGUCCCCUAUUUUCAAAUCUGUAAGUUGACAGCUAUGGUUAGAAGGUCAAAUGCCAGAAAUGAGUUGUGGGUGAGAGACAGCUAGAAGCUAGAGGCAGGCUGCAGCUGAGAGACAAAGCCAUGCCUGAUUUCUGGUGGGAUGCAAGGCUGUGGCUACGGGAGAAGCAAGGCCUUCUUGGGGUGUUCAUGCUGUGAGCCCUUCCAUCAUAGGCUCAGGUUGUAUAUAGAAUCUUAGUGUUGGAAGGGACCCAAGGGUCAUCUAGUCCAACCCCCUGCAAUGCAGGGAUCUCAGCUAAAACAUCCAUGACAGGUGGCCACCCAACCUCUGCUGAAAAACCUCCAAGGAAGAAGAGUCCAUAAUCUCCCAAGGAAGACUGUUCCACUGACAAGCAGCUCUUACUGUCAUAAAGUUUUUCCGUAUGCUUAGUUGGAAUCUUCCUUUUUUGGAACUUGAAGCCAUUGGUUCGAGUCCUACUGCCCAGAGCAGGAGAAAACAAGCUUGUUCCCUCUUCCAUGUGACAACCCUUGAGAUAUUUGAAGAUGGCUAUCAUAUCUCCUCUCAGCCUCCUCUUUUCCAGGCUAAACAUACCCAACUCCUUCAACCGCUCAUUGUCAGGCUUGGUUUCCAGCCCUUGAUCAUCUUGGUCGCCCUCCUCUGCACACGUUACAGCUUGUCAACAUCCUUCUAAAAUCGUGGUGCCCAGAAUUGGACACAGUAUUCCAGGUGUGGUCUGACCAAGGCAAAACAGUGGGACUAUGGCUUCCCUUGAUCUGGAUACUAUACUUCUGUUGAUGCAGCCUAGAAUCGUGUUAGCUAUUUUGCGACUGCAUCACAUUGUUGAUAUCCCACAAAACCCACAAUCUCUACCGUCCAUCAUUCCAAGCAAACCAAACCCUGGGUAAGCGUUGGGAACCUGUGGAAUCUCGCCCGCCUCAGAGAUUGGGGUGGCAUGCAACAAUAAUUUGUCAGAAUGUUGUCCACCGAAAUAAACAUCUUAGCAGGGUCUAAUUGUUAUGUAUUUAGUGGUCUGAGCUUGAGUCUGGACUAAGCAUUCUGAGCUCCUGUGUUCUGAUUCAAUACAUGAUAUCCAAUCACAGAACAUUUCAGGAUUUGGGCCUCUGCCAUUGGCACUUAAACCUUAAAGUUAUGAUUCACAGCUUGGAAGUUUAGACAGCCAAUCACAUUGGAAGUGGGAGUGGCCCAGGCCUUCAGAAAUGUAUAUAAGCAGUUGCUUUGCCCCUGUUGUCCAGUUCAAUAAAGGUUCUUGCUGUUAUUACUGUGUAUUGUCUCGUGAGCACCCACCUGCGCUUCACUCUUCUUAUAUUCUUCUCUCUGAAUUUAGCUACAUUUAACAUUGCAGACCUUUCUGAACUGGAUGACACAUAUAUAUUUAAACUUAGCCGUAUCACUGAGGGUAGAUACCACCGCUAACAUCUCUAAAUGUUGAUACAUGGGUGUUUCAUACAGUUUAAGGCUUUUUGAGAAAAGUACAAAACUACCCCCAAGCUAUUCGAAAGACUAUUCCCUCAUACGGACCUACCCAGGCUCUGAGAUCUUUGGGGAAGGCUCUCCUCUCAGUCCUGCCACCCCCCUAGGCACACUUGAUGGGGAUGCAGGACAGGGCCUUCUCGGUGGCUGCUCCCAGACUUUGGAACUCCCUCCCUAGAGAACUCAUACUGGCUCCCUCCUUGCUGUCCUUCUGCCAACAGGUGAAGACUGUUUUAUUCCAACAGGCUUUUGUGAACUCACUGGCUUGCUUUUUUAAAAAAAGGAACGAGCUUUUAAACGGUGGUGUGCUGUAUUUUAAUCAAUCUGCUUUUAUCUUGUUUUAAUUCUAUAGUUUAAUUACUUUUUUCCAAUUAUCUUUUGUACAUGUUUUAGCCUUCUGUCUUCAUUUGGGUAAGCUGCCUGAGUCUCAGUCUGGGGAAAAGGUGGGAUGUAGAUAAAAACAACAACAGAUAACCAUGUGAUAAGGCCGCUGUGGUGUGGCAAGUGUUAACAGCUGACAUGCUUGUACACUAUGCUUGUGUUACGUGACGGAUGACAGCCUCAGCCGUGCCUGCAGAAGAGCGUCAUACAGAUGGAGGGUAUUUCUGCUGAAAUGGCUAAUAGGACAUUAGCACUGAGGAUGUGGGGCUGGCUCAUGGAAAGGAUUCUGGCUGCUCUAGAGAUAGAAGCCUUCCUGGGAGAGAUGCUCUUUGUGCAGGUUGCUAGGCAACACCAUCUCCGGGAUGCUUCCAGAGUGUGACAUUGGCAGGGAUGCUCAACGUGGAUUUGCUGAGGGUCUGACUGCUGAAAAGCAGGGAAGUUUGGGUGGAACCCAGCUUGCUGAGAGGGGUUUGCAGUGGGUUAAAACAAGCAGAGUAAGGGACCAUAUACAGUGCAUUACAAUAACUCGGCCUUGAGGUUAACAAUGCAUGAACUUACAGUGGCAAGUCCAGGGACAGCCAUGGCUGGUGGACCAGAUGGAGCUGGUAUUUUCUUACUCUGCAAACAUCUCUGUGGGUGAUUGCAGCAGGUAGUCUAAUCUCUUGUCAAAUUCACAAGACAUACACAUACCAAAGAGCUGCUCCAGUGAGUAAGUGAGCUCAGUUUCAGUAUCUUCUCUGUAACAAUCAGCAGGGGGCAGCACUGUGUGGUGGUUGAGUUAUGUGUUGGUGGGUCAAGGGUCUCUCAUGCAUGUCGCCCACCCAUCCUCACCCCGCAUUUUCCAUUUCUCUUAGGCGGAUCUCUUUCAAAAGCUCCCUGUCCGAGGCCCAGAUCCGAGAAAGCAGCCUGGAGGUGCUGACAGGAUACCUGGGUGACAUUGUGGAGUCCAUCGUGAGCUCUACGGAAAAGUGUCCCCCCAUUAUGCGAGUGGCUUUCAAACAGCUGCACAAGCGAGUGGAUGACCAUUUCCCGGAGGCAGAGAAUCAGGUGUGACAUUUUCUAUCCCAUAACCACUCCCUCUGCCAAACAGCAAGUCUUGGGGAGGUCAUUCAUCAUCCAUGUUUCCAAGGGAUUUGGCGUUCUGCGAUCCAAGCUGCUUCUGAUGGGGUUGGUUAAGCAAGAGUUAGGGAGGUCAACAGUAGGUGGCGCUGGAUCCAAUGAUAGGCAGAGACAACUCAGGGCCCCUUCAGAAAGUGAUUACCCCUCCCUUUGUGCUUUCUGUAAGCACAUCAUUGGCCACAUUCACACCAUACAUUUAAAGCACAGUCAUACCUUGGUUUUUGAACAGCCUAGUUCUCAAACAUUUGGGCUCCUGAACGAUCGAAACCCGCAAGUGACUGUUCUGGUUUUUGAACGUUCUUUUGGAAGCCAAACAUCCGACGGGGCUUCCGCGGCUUCCUGCAGCCAGCCAGAAGCUGUGAUUUGGAAGUUGGAACGCUUUGGAAGUCGAACGGACUUCCAGAACGGAAUCCGUUCGACUUCCAAGGUAUGAAUGUACCAUGAUACCAUUUUAAACAGUUAUGGCUUCCCCCAAGGAAUUCUGGGAGGUGUAGUUUGUUAAGGGUGCUGAGAUUUGUUAAGAGACCCCAUUCACAAAGCUACAAUUCUCAGAGUAAGGGUAAAGGUAAAGGGACCCCUGACCAUUAGGUCCAGUCGUGGCCGACUCUGGGGUUGUGGCGCUCAUCUCGCUUUAUUGGCCGAGGGAGCCGGCGUACAGCUUCUGGGUCAUGUGGCCAGCAUGACUAAGCCGCUUUGGCGAAACAGAGCAGCGCACGGAAAUGACAUUUACCUUCCCGCCGAAGGGGUACCUAUUUAUCUACUUGCACUUUGACGUGCUUUCGAACUGCUAGGUUGACAGGAGCAGGGACCGAGCAACGGGAGCUCACCCCAUCGCGGGGAUUCAAACCGCCUACCUUCUGAUCGGCAAGUCCAUGGCUCUGUGGUUUAACCCACAGCGCCACCCGCGUCCCAAUUCUCAGAGUAGUUCAACAAUAAAUCCUUCUUUGCAGGGAACCCUUGGGUGCAACCCAAAGUUUAGUUUGGAUGUGUGGUAUGCUUUAGCAAUGGCUGUUUGGCAACAGAAAACUUUUGUGAUCAAUCCUAACUUCUGGAUGUGACCCACGCUGGGCGUCUUUGUUUUCCUUUCAGGAUGCCAAAUACAUUGCCAUCAGUGGGUUCCUCUUCCUUCGCUUCUUUGCUCCGGCCAUCCUGACCCCCAAGUUGUUCAACCUCCGAGACCAGCAUGCAGACACCCAGACCAGCCGGACCCUCCUGCUCUUGGCCAAGGUAACAGUCAGCAUCCUGCUCUCACUGGGGCCAAUCAGAUGCCCCAGUGGGAAGCCUGCAAGCAGGAUCCGAGCACAAGAGCCUUCUCCCAUCCUGGGGAUUCCAGUAGCUGGUACUCAGAAGCAUUGCUGCCUCUGUCCAUCAUGCUUGUUAGCCAUCACCAUCCAAGUGUCCCUAUUUUCCAGGGACAGUCCUGGAUUUACAGAAGCCGUCCUGCUUUCUGAUUCGAUCCUGAUAUGUCCCACUUUUCCUUAGGAUGUCCCUUUUUUCAUCAGAGAAAUGUUGGAGGGUAUGGAAUAGGACAUCUCUAUUUUCAUUGGAGAACUGUUGGAGGGGAUGUCUCUAUUUUCUUUGGAGAACUGUUGGACGGGAUGUCUCUAUUUUCAUCAAAGAAAUGUUGGAGGGUAUGGAAUACAAUGUCUCUAUUUUCGUUGGAGAACUGUUGGGCAAAACUUUCUAUUUUCAUUGGUUAAAUAUUGGAGGGUAUGCCUCAUGUGGGAACAAGUUCCUCUGUUUAACUAUGUACAGUGGAACCUCGGGUUACAGACGCAUCAGGUUACAGAUGCUUCAGGUUACAGACUCCACUAACCCAGAAAUAGUACCUUGGGUUAAGAACUUUGCUUCAGGAUGAGAACAGAAAUCACGUGGUGGCGGUGUGACAGCAGCGGGAGGCCCCAUUAGCUAAAGUGGUGUCUCAGGAUAAGAACAGUUUCAGGUUAAGAACGGACCUCCGGAACAAAUUAAGUUCUUAACCCGAGGUACCACUGUACUGCGUGAAGAAAAGACUUUCUUUUCUCUCUUCUGAAUCUUCCAACAUUCAGCUCCAUUUGAUGCCCGCAAGUUCCAGUGUUAGGAGAGAGGAGGGAAAACCUUCAUACUUGCUUUUUCUCUAAACUAAAAAUUCCUAAAUGCUGUGCCCCUUUUUCACAUGGGAGUCACUUCAUCCCUUUGAUCAUUUCGGUUCCUGUGUGGGCACAGCAGGCCAAGCUUUAGAGACUCUUCCCACUAGACUUUUAUGAACUGGUCCUUCCCUUCCCUUGGAGUCACCUCUUUGCCUAUUUCUCUCUUCCCUCCACCCUGGCCGGCAGGCAGUGCAGAGCAUUGGCAGCCUGGGGCUUCAGCUGGGUCACGGCAAGGAGCAGUGGAUGGAACCUUUGCACCCCUUCAUCCUGUCUAGCAUUGGGCAAGUCAAGGAGUUCCUGGACUGGCUCAUCAACGUGGACUGUGAGAACGGUGAGCUCUAAUGGGCCACAUUUCCAGGAAGCUGGGACUGAGGGUACGGGUGGGAAUUUGAUUCUGCUUGCAUAUAAUAAUAAUAAUAAUAAUAAUAAUAAUAAUAAUAUAAAUAAAUAUAUUAUUAUUUAUACCCCACCCAUCUGGCUGGGUUUCCCCAGCCACUCUGGGCAGCUCCCAGGAAAAUUAAAAGCACAAUGAACCAUCAAACAUUAAAAACUCCCCUAAACAGGGCUGCCUUCAGAUGUCUUCUAAAAAUCAAAUACAGUGGUACCUCGGGUUACAUUUGCUUCAGGUUACAUACGCUUCAGGUUACAGACUCCGCUAACCCAGAAAUAGUACCUCGGGUUAAGAACCUUGCUUCAGGAAGAGAACAGAAAUCGUGCUCCGGCGGCACGGUGGCAGCGGGAGGCCCCAUUAGCUAAAGUGGUGCUUCAGGUUAAGAACAGUUUCAGGUUAAGAACGGACCUCUGGAAUGAAUUAAGUACUUAACCUGAGGUACCACUGUAGUUGUUUAUUUCCUUGACAUCUGAUGGGAGGGUGUUCCACAGGGCAGGUGCCACUACCGAGAAGGCCCUCUGCCUGGUUCCCCGUAACCUCGCUUCUCGCAGUGAGGGAACCGCCAGAAGGCCCUCGGAGCUGAAUGAUGGGGUGGGGGUGGGGUGGAGAUGCUCCUUCAGGUACACAGGGCUGAGGCUGUUUAGGGCUUUAAAGGUCAGCACCCUUUGAAUUGUGCUCGGAAACGUACUAAAUGCAAACUUACUUAAUUCACACUUUGCAAAACAAUACAUGCACCUGAAUAAAAUAUAUACCACUAUACACACUGUUGCAGAGACCACAAGACCAAGGCCCAAUCCACACCAUACGUGGAAAGCACUAUGGUACCACUUUAAACACUCGUGGUUUCCCCUAGAGUAUUCUGGGAGCUGUAUUUUGUUGGUGGUGCCGAGAGUUGUUAGGAGACCCCUAUUCCCCUCCCAGAGCUACAAUUCCCAGAGUUCCUUGGGAAGAGGGAUUGAACCCCUCUGGGAAUUGUAGCUCUGUGAGGAGAGGAGGGGUCUUCUCACUACCCUCGGCAAGCACCCUUAAUAAACUAUGACUCCUGGGCUACUUUGGGGACCCCUAGUCCCUUCUUAGUGGUAAAGUUGGAACAGAAAAUGAUGUCUUCUUCAAUCUCUAGACCGGGAGCUCAGGAGUUACAGCCAGGGGACUCCUCUCCAGCAUUUGCCACCUGAGGCCACUGCCUCAUUGUGCCUAAUGUUAGGGCCGGCCCUGUACAAUUUGUAUGCAUGUAUAUAGGAGUCUUGGGGUGGUUUUUAGCCCUGGCCAAAGCAGGGGGGGCGGUGUUCACAGGGUUUCAAGGCUUUUAGCAUAUGAGAAAUCAGCGUGCCUCCCUUUUUUUCUCCAGGAGCAAGUGAGAAGAAGCCCUGGACGCUCUUCCACCCCUCGGCCACCAUCAAGGAGGGCUACCUCAACAAGCGCAAGGCUGAGGGCCUCCACUUGGUCUCACGGUUCACCUUCAAAAAACGCUACUUCUGGCUGAGCAACGAGAGCCUUUCGUAUUCCAAAUCUCCCGAGUGGCAGGUGGGCACCUUUACCCGGGGGGCAGAGGGCGGAGGACGCAAGGGGAACGCAAAAACUCAGGGUUGAAGGCUGUUCAAAGGUGUGUCUUAUCCACAGCAAAGCAAACAGUCAAAGGGCAGUGAAGUACAGGUUCACGAGGCAAGACGCAGUGAUAACAGCAAGAACCUUUAUUGAACUACAUAACUGGGAAACAGGAGCAAAGCAACCGCUUAUAUACAUUUCUGAAAGCCUGGGCCACUCCCACUCCCAACAUGAUUGGCUGUCUAAACUUCCAAGCUGCGAAUCAUGGCUCAGAGUUUAAGGGCCAAUGGCAGAGGCCCAAAUCCUGAAAUGUUCUGUGAUUGGAUAUCAUGUGUCGAAUCAGAACAGAGGGGCUCAGAAUCCUUAGUCCAGGCUCAGCAAACACAGACCACAGAAUACGUAAUAGACAGCUUUUGCCCAAGGAAGCGUUGCUUCUCAGGACCUCUCAGGAGCUGCACCUGGGCCAGGAGUGACAAACAUUUUCCGGCCAGGGGCCGCAUUGCCUUCCAGGCAACAUCCCAAGGGCCACAUUCCAAAGUGUGGGGGGCCAAAGGCAAAAGUAGGUGGAGCAAUGAGGCCAUGUUUGCUUUUGUACAGUGGUCUAGUUCUUCUACACAGACACUGUUCUCUGCCCAGGCAAGCAAGAGGCAUGGACAGAGUUCAAGGACACAUCUCACCCAGGCAAAAGCACUUGAGGGGGUGUAAAUAAGGGCCAGUGAGGGGUUUGGCUUGUGGAUAAGGGGUGUUGCCUGAGAGAAAGGCCUAGAGAGCUGAAAUUGGGCUUCAGACCCGAAGAGCCCCAUCACUACCUGGAACACAUUCCUUAAAAUCUGCACUGCAGACCCUCCAAGUGUCCCUAUUUUCCAGGAACGGUCCCAGAUUUGCAGAAGCUGUCCCGGUUUCUGAUUUGAUCCCAGAAUGUCCCACUUUUCCUUAGGCUGUCUCUAUUUUCAUUGGAGAAAAUGUUGGAAGGUACAAUGAGUUGUGAGCUGGUCUCAAGCCUCUUUCAACUGCCACAGGAGUUAAACUCACAGUCCGUUUAGUGGACCUCAUCUGUUCUGAAAGGCCGGGUUCCUUCAAAGGACUUCCAGGAGCAAUUUCAGGUAGCAGAAAGUGCUCCUGGCUCCCCGCCAAAGAUCAUAGAUAGCAUUGUAAGGAAAGAGCCGUUUUAAAAUCCUGUAUUUGGAGGGAAAUGUGGUCAGUAUUAAGAGUUGGCUCAAUCGUAACACUAGACACGGUAAGUUUGUCAAGAGUUUGCAAGUCCACUUCAAACUCUGCUUUGCACUUAAGCGUUUUUGGCAAGGGUUGGUUAAAUUUUGCAUUUUUGUUAAGGCAAGUAAGAGGUGACCUGCUAGAGGCUGGUAAAACGAUGCGUUGGGUGGAGAAAGUGGAGAGAGAGAAAAGUUUUUCUCCCUCUCGCAUAACAACUGGAAAUCGCAGACAUUCAGUGUCCUAGGAGAUCCAAGACGGAGCAAAGAAAGGACUUCUUCAGCCACAGUUGAACUGUGGAACUCACUGCCACAGGAGGCAGGGAUGGCCACCAACCCUAGCUGGCUUUAAAAGAGGAUGCGACAAAUUCGUGGAGGAGAAGGCUAUCAGUGGCCAUGAUGGUUAUGCUCUGGCUCAAUGGUCAGAGGAAAUAAUACUUCCGAAUACCAGCUGCUGGAAACCACAGGAGGCAAGAGGGCUCUUGUGCUCCAAUCCUGCUUGCUGGUUUCCCACAGGCUGGCCAUUGUGAGGGCAGGAUGCUGAAUCAGAUGGGCCAUUAGCCUGAUCCAGAAGGCUCUUUUUCAGUUCACCAUGUUGGCUGGGGUGGUGCCCGUAAAUUGGCAAAAUGCUUCCUGAGGAAGGGCUGGAGAAUCAAGAGCCGUGUUUCCCCCUUGAUGAACAGGGCGGUGUGUUGGGUUUCUUCCCCCAUGGCCAGGUUCGGACAUCCAUCCCCGUCCAGCAGAUCUGCGCCGUGGAGCGUGUGGAUGAGAACGCCUUCCAGCAGUCGCACAUGAUGCAGAUCACAACGCGGGAAAAUGGAGGGCAGCUGUCCACCAUGUACAUCCAGUGCAAGGUAGGAUGUGGAUGCGACCAUCGUUAAUCUGGCUUUGAGAAUGUGAUGGCUGCUCUUUUUCUUUAGGAAUUCCCUUUGCAUCGCUCCUCUUGGCCUGCUAUGAACUUACGAUUCUUGCAUUAGGGGAUUGUUGCUAUAUAUGUACAUCCAGUGCAAUGUAGGAUGUGGAUGCGACCAUCGUUAAUCUGGCUUUGAGAAUGUGAUGGCUGCUCUUUUUCUUUAGCAAUUCCCUUUUCAUUGCUCAUCUUUCCCCCCCCAAAAAACAUUAUUAUUAAUUUUUGCAUAUGUUUUCCAAACAACACUUCACAUCACAUCAUCCUCAUUUUGGCUAUUAUAGCCUGAGACUUCCAUCAAUCCUGUCUAGUGAUUUUCAAAUUUGCUAUCUGUUUUUGCAUUUUAUUAUUAUAAUUAAUGCUUUUAAACUUCAUUUCGUAAUUUUUUCCUUCCUAAAUCAUUUUACAAUAUAGUCCUCCUUACGAAACUUCUUGUAAACCUACAAGUGAUAUUACAUUAAUGCAAUUGUCUUUCAAAUAAGUCAUAUAUUUCUUCCAAUCCUAAAGGAAGUCCUAGUCUUUCUGGCUCCGGAUUCUUCCAGUCAACUUUGCCAGUUCUGCAUACUCCAUCCAGAAGCAUUUUUACUUGGCAUUGUAGGUACAGAAAUUAAUAGACAGGACAAAAAUCUGUUUUUCUAUGCAACUAUAGCAGCGAGAGUAUUAACUAGUCUAACAAUGCAAACAGGAAGAAUUACUAACGAAGGAGGAGUGGCGAAUAAAACUGUUGGAGUUGUCAUUGUGCAUCUUGACCUGCUGUGAACUUACAAUUCUUGCGUUAGGAGUUUGUUGCUAUCUAUGUUUUCCUAUAGUUUAUUCUGUACAGAUUAACUGAUUGCAUUUGUACAUCACCUUUUUUUACUGCAAGGAUCUCGAGGUAGCGCACACGGCUCUCGCUUCCUCAUUUAAUCCCCACAACAACCCUGUGAGGUUGGCUAGGCUUAGAGUCAGUGACUGGCCCAAGGUCGCCCAGUGAGCUCCAUGGGCCAGUAGGGAUUUGAACCCUGGUACCCCAGGCCCUAGACCAGGCAUCCCCAAACUCGGCCCUCCAGAUGUUUUGGGACUACAAUUCCCAUCGUCCCUGACCACUGGUCCUGUUAGCUAGGGAUGAUGGGAGUUGUAGUCCCAAAACAUCUGGAGGGCUGAGUUUGGGGAUGCCUGGUCUAAACAAACACUAACUGCUGCACCACAUUGGUUUUUGUAAGCAUUUUGGGGAGCAGGGAUGGUGAAGGAUAAGCUUCUAAAAUAUAAAAAUUGAAAGUCAGACCAGUUGUCCAUCCAGCUCACGAGUGGCUGGGGCAACCCAGUCAGAUGGGUAGGGUACAAAUAAUAAAAGUAUGGUUAUUAUUACUAUUGCUGAUACUGGCUGGCAGCAGCUCACCAGGGUAUCAGCCAGGAACCUUCCACUUGUGAAGCAGAUGUUAUAGCAUGGAGCUAUGAUCCUUUUCUGUUAAAUUUCAUUACAGGCCCCGUUUUGUCCUUGCUGACAAAGCUUUCCCCUGCAUACAGAAAAGGAUGUGACUGUGAACAGCGCCAGCAGCCUCAGUGGGCACUGGGAUACCCAUGGCAGCCUCGGCGCUGCUGCUGCCAGGCAUGUUUGAACAUAGAAGCAUGAAGCACUAGAAAGCUGCCUCAUCCCAAGUCCAUCUAAUUCAGUGUUACCUGCACUGACUGGCAGUGGCUCUCUGGGUUUCCAGGCAGGCUUCUACCUGGAGAUGCUGGAGACUGAAUCUGGGACCUUCUGCAUGGAAAACACAUUGGCUAACCACUGAGACCUUCCCUUAUCAGAGAAGGCUUCCUUAUAUUGAGCUCUAGACCCUUGGUCCAUCUAGCUGCAUAUUGUCUACACUGACUCUGUGGGGGACAUUCCCAACCCCACAGAGAGGUGCUGUCGGGGAUUGAACCUGGGGCCAGGCAGUCACUCUGCCACUGAGCUACAGCCCUUACCCGGAAAUGCAAUCAAGAAUACAGUGGUACCUCGGGUUACGUACGCUUCAGGUUACAGACGCUACAGGUUACAGACUCCGCUAACCAAGAAAUAGUAUAGUACCUUGGGUUAAGAACUUUGCUUCAGGAUGAGAACAGAAAUUGCGUGGCGCAGUGGCAGCGGGAGGCCCCAUUAGCUAAAGUGGUACCUCAGGUUAAGAACGGUUUCAGGUUAAGAACGGACCUCCGGAACGAAUUAAGUACUUAACCCGAGGUACCACUGUACCAGCGGCAAAUAAAUGAGUGAGGGGAAAUGGCGCCACCUACUGACCGGCGCUCUCUUUUCUCCGGCAGAACGUCAAUGAGCUCAACCAGUGGCUCUCAGCUAUCCGGAAAGUGAUGGUCUCCAAUGAGUGCCUGCUGCCGUUUUGCCACCCGGGUGCCUUUCGCGGCAGCCGCUGGACCUGCUGUUUACAGACUGACCGUGCAGGUAACUUAGCUUGUGCCUGUGCUCACAUAUGCAGGCCUGUGGGCAUCAAAGGCACCUUAGUGAGGCAAACGCAGAGCUGCCCUCUUUAUGCAAUUAGAAGAGUUUGGAUUUGAUAUCCCGCUUUAUCACUACCUGAAGGAGUCUCAAAGCGGCUGACAUUCUCCUUUCCCUUCCUCCCCACAACAAACACUCUGUGAGGUGAGUGGGGCUAAGAGACUUCAGAGAAGUGUGAUUGGCCCAAGGUCACCCAGCAGCUGCAUGUGGAGGAGCGGAGACGCGAACCCGGUUCACCAGAUUACGAGUCCACCGCUCUUAACCACUACACCACCCUGGCUCUCAGGGUGUUGUGGUUUUUAAAAUCUGAAUUUCAGCCAAGCUUUGUUAGCUGUGCAAUUGGGAUGGAGCCUCCCUCCCUAGGAAUUGUCCCCUCUCCCUCACCACCUCCCACCCCACUUCUCGGGGUUGUCGCCUGACCUGCUUUCUUUGAAGGCGUGGACAGUUAGGGCAAAGGCCCUGCCCCACCAACCUAGGCUGCCACUGGCCAGCUCCCACUUGCCUGCCCCUCUUCUGUACAACCAGCCCGGGGAGGGGCGCUGACUGGCAGCUCAUUCUCAGUGUUGCCCCUUGUAAUACUCAGCAGGAGGAGGUUGGGUUUAAAACUAGAAUCGGGACCGCCCCUCUCCUGGAAUGUCCCACUGAGGACCUUAUGGUCUUCAAACAAAAACAUCUUGGAGGUCCCUGGCCAUAGAGAGGUUAGGCUGGCCUCAACCAGAGCCAGGGCUUUUUCGGCUGUGGCCCCCGAUCUGGUGGAACGCUCUGUCACAAGAGACUAGGGCCCUGUGGGACUUGACCUCUUUCCGCAGGGCCUGCAAGACAGAGCUGUUCCACCAGGCCUUUGGCCAAGUCACAGCCUGACCCCCUCCUUUGGUAAUCCUCAUAGAACUCUAGCCCAAUGGUUGCCAUUAAUUUGAUUUUGAAUUGAUUUUAGAAUGAAUUGAUUUUAGAAUGCUGUUUUACUUUUAUUGUUGUUAGCCGCUCUGAGCCCUCCUUCGGCUGGGGAGGGCGGGAUAUAAAUAAAAUUUUAUUAUUUACCGUAUUAUUAUUAUUCUCCAACCUCUCACUCCCUCUGACGCCCCCUACUGUUGGGCUCCCUGGUGUCUGCCCAGUGAGCACCAUCCACUUCCAGGCCUGGGGUCAGGUAUUCAGCACCCUUGAGCAGAGGCCAGGUCCCCAGUAUUUUGGCAGAUCCCGCCUUAUUUUAAAGGAUUCCCACCCCGCACAAGAUCCUUUUGGGACAAGUGAGUCGCCCAAAUCCAGAUCAGGCCCUGCACUGUGCAGCCACUCAUGGCUUCCCUCAUGGGUUGUGGUUUGGUUACAGUUCGGGGCUGCAGCCGCACACACUCAGCCGUGACCCUCGGCGACUGGAGCGACCCGCUGGACCCAGACACAGAGGCACAGAUGGUGUACCGGCAGCUUCUCUUGGGCAGAGACAAGCUCAGGUGUGUGCAAGGCAAUGCACCGUCAUGCUGGUGGCAGUGCUAGUGGUGGUCAUGGGGGAGGCAUAGGACUAGCUCUACUCAGAGUAGACCCAUUGGAGUUAACGGGUGUGGCAAAGAGAAAAGGACACGCAGCCAAAAGUCUACUUUUUGUGGUGUCAGCUCUUUAUCAUGAGAUCAUACAGUUAGGGGUCCCUCAAAGGCCAUCUGGUCCAACCCUUUGCUGUUGCAGGAAAUGCUGCGUACAAAUAAAGCCUUGUUGUUGCUUAGUUGUUUAGGCGUGUCCGACUCUUCGUGACCCCAUGGACCAGAGCACGCCAGGCACUCCUGUCUUCCACUGCCUCCCGCAGUUUGGUCAAACUCAUGCUGGUAGCUUCGAGAACACUGUCCAACCAUCUCGUCCUCUGUCAUCCCCUUCUCCUUGUGCCCUCCAUCUUUCCCAACAUCAGGGUCUUUUCCACGGAGUCAUCUCUUCUCAUGAGGUGGCCAAAGUAUUGGAGCCUCAGCUUCACGAUCUGUCCUUCCAGUGAGCACUCAGCGCUGAUUUCCUUAAGAAUGGAUAGGUUUGAUCUUCUUGCAGUUCAUGGGACUUAGAAUAAAGCCUUAGAAUAAUAGAAUUGUAGAGUUGGAAGGGACCACAAGGGCCAUCUAGUCCAGCCCCCUGCAAUGCAGUGAGCUUUUGCCCAACGUGGGAUUCGAACCCCAAACCCUGAGAUUAAAGAGUCUCAAUUCUCUACUGACUGAACUAUACCAGAAGUCAAACAGGAAGCCUCCUUAAAUUGCCAUUAAUUUGCAUGGGUCUACAACACAAAGAGCCUACAAACCAAGUAGGAGUGAUGUAAGAGGAUAGCUUAAUUGGUUAGACCGUGGUGCAAAUAACGCCAAGGUUGCAGGUUCAAUCCCUGUGUGGGACGGCUGCAUAUUCCUGCAUUGCAGGGGGUUGGACUAGAUGACCCUCAGGGUCCCUUCUAACUCUACAAUUCUAUGAUUCUAUGAAGGUGCCUUCCUGGUGCCAAUAAACAUGUCAGAUAUAGGUACCCUAAGGGAGCCAAAGUCAGGCAUGCAAUACCAGAUGUCCCCACCAGAGGCCCCCCUCUUCAUUAAGGAAUUUCCACUGCUAUCAACAUCAGCCCUUCUUCAAUUUUCUAAGAGGAAGAUGGGGCAAUUUGGCUUUCAAAAAUCAAAAGGUCAAGAUCUCAUCACAGACCACAUAGGGGGCCUCAAGCCUGAGGAAAACACCACUGCUCAAUAGCAGAGCACAUUCUUUGUAUUAAGAAGGUUCCAAAUUCAACCCAAAGCAGCUCCAGUUAAAAAUGGCUCAGUAUUUGACAACCAAAUGGUUAAAAAAUUAUUCACUUACUGUUGGCUUUAGUGCAUGAGAUCUGAUCCUGGACUAAUCUUGGCUAGGGCUGUGUCAGCCUGCCAGUUUCAAUAGUUCUGGAUUUCUCGGGGAGAAAUCCAGAAAAGUGUGAAAUUGUUAUCGUUAAUUUAUUAAGCGUUAGGAGUCUUUAAGACGUGGGUGGCGCUGUGGGUUAAACCACAGAGCCUAGGGCUUGCCGAUCAGAAGGUGGGCGGUUUGAAUCCCCGCAACCGGGUGAGCUCCCAUUGCUCGGUCCCUGCUCCUGCCAACCUAGCAGUUCGAAAGCACGUCAAAGUGCAAGUAGAUAAAUAGGUACCGCUCUGGCGGGAAGGUAAACGGAGUUUCCGUGCACUGCUCUGGUUCACCAGAAGCGGCUUAGUCAUGCUGGCCACAUGACCUGGAAGCUGUACGCCGGUUCCCUCGGCCAAUAAAGCAAGAUGAGCGCCACAACCCCAGAGUCCUUUGUGACUGGACCUAAUGGUCAGGGGUCCCUUUACCUUUACCUUUUAGGAGUCUUUAAGUGACUUUAUAAAUUUUAAGAGCAUGGCAUAAAAAUGGGGUGGUGGUGGUGGGAAUACAUUACAGUAAAUGCCGUACAUACAAUAACCUAUUGAAAAAGAAACAGCAAAUUCGUCAUGUUUGUUGUUGUUGUUGUUUAGUCGUGUUCGACUCUUCGUGACCCCAUGGACCAGAGCAUGCCAGGCACCCCUGUCUUCCACUGCCUCCCGUAGUUUAGUCAAACUCAUGCUGGUAGCUUCGAGAACGCUAUCCAACCAUCUUGUCCUCUGUCGUCCCCUUCUCCUUGUGCCCUCCAUCUUUCCCAACAUCAGGGUCUUUUCCAGGGAGUCUUCUCCUCUCAUGAGUCAUAAUCCAUUCAUCAUAAUCCAUGCCAAACGCCUGGGACAUCCAGCUAAGGGUGACAGCCACACAAUACACUGGAAACCCCAGGAAGGGAGAGGGCUCUUGUGCUCAGGCCCUGCUUGUGGGCUUUUCAUUGGGGCAUCUGGUUGGCCACACUGAGAGCUACAGGUAAAGGACCCCUGGACGGUGAAGUCCAGUCAAAAGCGACUAUGGAGUAUGCCGCUGAGGCCAAGGGAGCUGGCAUUUGUCCACAGACAGCUUUGCCUGUGGCCAGCAAUGCCAGUGCUUUUUUUCUUUAAAAAAUGUUUAGGGGUACUCUCAUUUUGACUCAAGAAAAUCACCAUUUUAUAGUUCAAAUGGGGGGAAAUAAAUACAGUGGUACCUUGGUUCUCAAACACCUUGGUACUCAAACAACUUGGAACCCAAACACUGCAAACCCGGAAGUAAGUGUUCCUGUUUGCGAACAUUUUUCGGGAAGCCGGACGUGCUCUGUUUUGAGGGCCACGCUUCCAUUUUGAGUGUUACGCUGAGGUCUGUCUGUUUUUGUUAUUUAUUUUGCGUUCUCAUUUUUGCGGCUUUUGUUUUGUUUUUGUGACAGUGUGGAACCCAGUUCAGCUACGGAUUGAUUGUGUGACUGCAGUACAUUGUUUAUUGCUUUCAUUUUAUGGAUCACUGGUCUUGUUAGAUAGUAAAAUUCAUGUUAAAUUACUGCUUUAGGGGUUGUUUUUUAAAGUCUGGAACAGAUUAGUCCAUUUUGCAUUACUUUCUAUGGGAAAACAUGCCUUGGAUUUGGAACGCUUUGGUUUUGGAACGGACUUUCAGAACGGAUUAAGUUUGAGAACCAAGGUACCACUGUACAAUAAAUGGACAAAAGUACAAAGAUUCACAAAAUGUUUAGGGGUAUGUGUACCCACCCCCCAGAAGAAAAGCGCUGAGCAUGGCUAAACCGCUAUUGGUGCAUGCUGGACCAGGUGGGCCACUGGCUUGAUCCAGAAGAUCUCUCCUUAUGUCCCUAUCUCCGUUUUAGCAAGAGAUGGCAGGGAUCCAGCCUUCGGCAUUGCAAAGCAUAAUACAAAGCUUGUGGUCAUCUCUCCCCAUGAAGUAACAUCCCGCACCCUGUUAAGGGAGGAACAUGAGCAGGCUGUAGAAUGAACGGCAAUUUCCUCUGGUUCUCGAGUUUAAUUACUUGUCUUGUCAAUUCAAGUAAAAACUGUAAUGGAUAAUCGGAGGGCCCGGGCCUUCUGGGCUAUGAGUGAUGGAGCUUUUGAUUGCUGCUUCACUCUCCCGUUGUUGCGCCUGUUGUGACGUCGCUCCCAUCUGAAUGAGCCGCGUGAUUGAUAGCAUCGAUCUGCUAGAGAAGCGAGCGGAGCGGAUGGCUUCCUGCUGCCAGAUCUGAUGGUUGGGCCUUCAGCACAUUUCCCAAUGCAAAAUUGUAAUAAAGAAAUAGAGUACAGUGGUACCUCGGGUUACAGAAGCUUCAGGUUACAGACGCUUCAGGUUACAGACCCCGAUAACCCAGAAAUAGUACCUUGGGUUAAGAACUUUGCUUCAGGAUGAGAACAGAAAUUGCACGGCGGUGGUGCGGCGGCAGCAGGAGGCCCCAUUAGCUGAAGUGGUGCUUCAGGUUAAGAACGGUUUCAGGUUAAGAAUGGACUUCCAGAACGAAUUAAGUUCUUAACCCGAGGUACCACUGUACAGUGGUGCCCCGCAAGACGAAUGCCUCGCAAGACGGAAAAACCGCUAGACGAAAGGGUUUUCCAUUUUGAAGUUGCUUCGCAGGACGAAUUCCCCUAUGGGCUUGCUUCGCAAGACGAAAAUACCUUGCGAGUCUAGAGAUUUUUUUUUUCGCUUUUCCCCCCCUUUAUCUAAUCUGCUAAGCCUUUAAUAGCCUUUAAUAGCCUUUUAGCAGCUAAUCCCCUAAGCCUUUAAGCCUUUAAUAGCCGCUAAACCGCUAAUAGCGCUAAUAGCGCUAAUCCGUCAAUGGGCUUGCUUCGCAAGACGAAAAAACCGCUAGACGAAGACUCUCGCGGAACGGAUUAAUUUCGUCUUGCGAGGCACCACUGUAUAUGGGAUGUGGGUGGCGCUGUGGGUUAAACCACAGAACCUAGGACUUGCCGAUCAGAAGGUCGGCGGUUCGAAUCCCCGCGACGGAGUGAGCUCCCGUUGCUCGGUCCCUGCUCCUGCCAACCUAGCAGUUCAAAAGCACCUCAAAGUGCAAGUAGAUAAAUAGGUAGUGCUCCGGCGGAAAGGUAAACGGCGUUUCCAUGCUCUGCUCUGGUUUGCCAGAAGCGGCUUAGUCAUGCUGGCCACAUGACCCGGAAGCUGUACGCCGGCUCCCUCGGCCAAUAAAGUGAGAUGAGCACCGCAACCCCAGAGUCAGCCACGACUGGACCUAAUGGUCAGGGGUCCCUUUACCUUUACCUAUACCACUGUAUAUAUUUUUUCUUUUUAAAUAAAAACUGUUUCCUUUGUGUGAAUGCCUUGUCCCUUUGCCUUAAAGUGAAGGUGGUUCUUAGAGUCAGUAACUAUUAUUUCCCAUGGAAACAGAACUAGCAUGCUCCCUCCCCCCCAAUUUUUAAUAUAUUUUUUCACAAAAAAAAAAUCUACUUAAAUAAAUCAGCUUAAAUAAAAUGACACUUGGGGCUUCUUUGGGGGCAGAAUUGUUGUAUGUUGGCUUGUUUUUCAAAGCCUGCAAUUUAAAGAUUGAAAAUGCAGUCCUUUGCAUGUUUUCUCAGAAGUAAGCCCCAUUGCCUUCCAUGAUACUGGCUCCCUGGGAAGUGUAAAUAACAGGCAAGGGAACCUUGAGCUCAAGAGUCAAUUCAUCUUCUCUUUAUCGGAUGCUUGGCCACACCCCUUCACCAGGCCACACCCCCUCACCAGGCCACACCCCUUACCAGCCCUGCCUCGUACCCUCCUUGAGUGUUCUUUGCCUGGCUGGAAUGUGCCCUUGAACUCUGAUGAAGCCUCUUGCUUGCCUGCAUGGAAGGAUAAAUAAGGGUAUUUGAAUGUGUAUAGAAACUAGCCUACUCUACAGAGGUAAAAUUUACAUCCGUUGCUCCACCCACUUUUGCCUCUGUCUCUGCCCACCCCUGGCAUGUGGCCCUCAGAAGGUUGUCCAAAAUGGAAUGAAGAAUGGCUGAAGAAGCCUCCCUGCCUGUAGUGUAUUGGGUUGCAGCCCUUGGGAGUUUGAUUGCACCGACGAAUUAGCUUGCAGCCCUGUAUCAAAUUAUUCCUGCCUUUCCCUAGGGAGAAAUACCUGGAGUUUUCAAGCACGGGGGCCACACAGGAGCAAAGCAGUGGGGCCCAGAAAGGUAGGUCUCUAUUCCUCUUCUGUUGUCAGAGAUGUAAGUUGAGUCAGAAUUCUGUAAUUCUGUCUCCAAAUCCAGGGUUUGACUUCCUGGCAUUGUGAUUAUGCUUGCAUGAUGUGCUGGUCCCGGGGGGUUACCGUGCGGUGUGGUCCGAGUCCAGUCCGAGGUCGAGGGUGUGGUAUGGAGGCUGUCCGUCAAGUCUGAAGCAGGGUCCAAGGCAAGGAGUCGGGCGUGGACAGGAACUUUGGCAGAAGAGCAGGACAGGGUGCUGGCAGGAACAGGCUACCAACAAUGUUGCUCCCGCAACCUGGGACUGGGCUGGCUGGCUUUUAUCUCCUCUGAGGCAUAGGGGGGCCUGGCCUGGAGGAGAGCACUCCUCCUGCGAGAACUUAGUUCCCUCCGCCUCUCUGCCCUGAGCCUCUGCAGCUCAGGAGAGGCUGGAGGGUUACUGGACCCAGAGGCAACCUCACCUUCCCCUGACAGGGCUGGGAGUGGAACACCUGCAGGCAAUGGGUCCUCCAUCACCUCCGGAGCCAGAGCAGAUUCAGCUGGUGUCUGCUCCUGAGGAUCCGGCACAGGUCAGGGCCCUUCAGGUUCAAGCCCCAGCCCCGGCUCAGCUGGUCCUGGAGGCAGGGACUCCUGUGCAGGCUGGGAUUCCUCAGGUUCAGCCUCUGAAUCUGAUUCCCAGGCCAUCACACAUGAUGUGUGUAAUGCAGCUCAGUCUGUGAGGUUUUCUCAUUGCUCAUUCUGGAACUACCUUCCAUCCAUCGCCAUAGCGCCUGGAUUUUGCUCGUUUCAACUUCUACGGUCAUUACAAGAACUUUAAGCCCGAGUUUGCCUUUUUCCUCCUCCCCCCUCCUCCCUUUUUCCUUUUGGGUCACAGCACUGUAAGCCUGAGGACAGGGGCUGACUUGCGACUCAUUGUCCCGAGAGCCUUCCUGGUUAAACAGCGUUGCUUAAAAUCCUUUAAAAUAAAAUAAUAAACAGUUCCCGUGACAUUUUGGGGAGGGGUGCUGUCACUAAACGUUGCCAGCUUUUGUGUGAGCAAAAGUGGGGAAGUGGAAUUUGAUACCCUUAUCAGAUUUCAUGUCUCUGUUUUUGCUGUUGCGCUCAGCAUAGUGAUUAAAAAAACUUGCUUUUAGAAGGUUCUUCCAGAGGAAGAGUGAGCGAGCCGCUGUUUCCAACAUGGUGCCCUUGGGCGCAGUGGAACUCUUCUGGUCUUCUCCUUAUGCCCACAAAGCCUAUGAGCCCCACCCCACUCCCUGCCCCCUUGGUCAGAAGCUGGUUAGCAUAGUUACCUCCCCCCCCCCCUUGAAAAAGCCCAUAGAGCUGAAGGAGGAAGUUGGAAGAGGGACACUCUAUCUCACUUCCUCCUUCAGCUCUAUGGGCUUUUCAAGGCUCAGAUCAGUUCCACCAGCACCCACAAAACUCCCUCAAAAUUCCAAAUGUUCCCACAGGCCUAUAAAGGUGGGCAGCCCCUUUGGGUAGAGGGUCUGAUCCAAUUGGUGUCCACCUGGCUGCCUCAGAGGGAAGAGAUGAGGUAGUGAAACCUCCUCUGUCAGCAUCCCUGGGACCCACUGAGAUUUGGAUGCUCCCCUCCCAGAGCAGCCUAUGUCAGCAGCUCCAGGACCCGAAUUCUGCUUAUUUCCCUUUUCCUAUUCCCUGCUGUAUCCUGCCUGUUAUGUAAAACUGUGAGCUGCCUUGAGUAGCAGCAGGAAAUGAGUAAUAAGGAUGCGAGUUGCUGGCAGGUCUCACUACUGCAGCCAGCAUUCUCUCUGCCUCUCUCUCCAACUGUCCUGGUUUGCCUCGGUGGUCCUCAGCUGAGGAUGUCUGGUGGUCAUUGGCUGCCAGCAUCACUAUGCUUUAAAGAGAGGCCUCCUAAAUUUACUGCCUUCUCAGCCCACUAACAGUCACCAGACAUCCUUAACUGAGAACAGCGGAGAUCAUGCCAAGUGCAACUUAAGGGUUAACUCUGUGUUAGUCAACUAGCCAAGCCGGUGAGUGGAGGUGUUGCUUAGCAACGAGGCACUGACAUGAUCCUUGCUGAGGUAGCACAUGCUCUGAUUGACUGUGUAGUUCUGGGAGAGUUUUUCCAAGGGCUUCCAUUCAGCUUCUUCCCAAGAAGAAGAGUGUUAGGAGACCCCUUACUUCUCUCACAGAACUACAAUCCCCAGAGUAGUUUAACAAUGAAUCGUUCUUCUCAAGGAACUCUGGGAAUUGUAGUUCUGUGGGGGGGGUGUCUCCUAACAACUCUCAGCACUCUCAACAAACUGCAGUUUGCAGUUUGCUUCAGGAUCUCCUUUCUCCAUAGAUCUUUAUGCUCUCUCUGCCAGAGAUCUUGCAGCACCUCCCUCAUGGGAAGGAAUUGCCUCAUGGUUUCAAGGACCAUUGUACUACCAGCAAAAAGAGGCACGUUGAUGCACUCCCAGCAAAUUCACCUUUCACUCCCCUCACAAAAGCUGCUGUUUGCCAGCCUUUUGUUGCCGGAUCUUCUCUCCCCUUCCCCUUUGGGAAAGCCGAGUGAUAUCACAGCAGCUCAGCCAAUCCGUGCUGUAGUGUGGGGCUAGCUUUACGCUCUGUUGUGUGUCCAACUGACAAAUUCCAAACUUAGCAUUCCCUCGGUCUCCUGAAAGCUGGAAAUUAAGGACAUUGGCCCUCCCCAGUGGGUCUCCCGGCUCCAUGGGAAUGAUGAGGUCUCUUCCGCUCUGCCAUCGCAUGACAAUGAAGGCUCUGUGCGUCCUUAAUCAAGUGUGAACGAUUCUGUCUCCUGGAUGGUUGACCAAUGUUCACGAGGCUGGAAAGCAAAGCGUCCUUGAGGUAGUAAGGAGGGACGAGGUGGGGGCCUCCAGAUGAAAGUCUUGACGAUGGGCCAAUGGGAUGGGGGCUUCUCUGAAGUUCAACAAGACUUGACAGUUCCUAGGGGAGCCCAGCAGGAUGUAGCUCCUGUGCUGAGAACCGAAGGCCACAUAGGUCACUUCCCAUCCCCGGUGGGCUCUUAGAUGCAUCUUCUGCAUCUGAAUCUACAGCGUCUUCAGUUGAAUCUUGCAUUUUAUCAUUCUCCGUCCAGGUUCUAUCCAUUUGGCCAGUCUCAGAUUGACAUAUUGUGCCAGAGGAUUGACUAUUGCCAACGGAGACUGGUCCACAAAGGUGAAUGGGGCUCUGCCCCACCAUAAGGACAUAAGCAGGGUCUUAUGUGAGCCAGUGUGGUGUAGUGGUUAAGAGCGGUAGUCUCGUAAUCUGGGGAACCGGGUUCGCGUCUCCGCUCCUCCACAUGCAGCUGCUGGGUGACCUUGGGCCAGUCACACUUCUUUGAAGUCUCUCAGCCUCACUCACCUCACAGAGUGUUUGUUGUGGGGGAGGAAGGGAAAGGAGAAUGUUAGCCGCUUUGAGACUCCUGAAGGGGAGUGAAAGGCGGGAUAUCAAAUCCAAACUCUUCUUCUUCUGCUGCUGGAUCAGCCCAGGGGCUCAUCUAGUCCAGCUUCCUGUUCUCACAGUGGCCACUGAAACCCCAAGCACAGGAGCCCUCUCAUUCCUUGCAGUUCCCAGCACAUGCCAUAUAUGGGAUUUGUGGGACAUCAUUGCAGUGAAACCAGCAAUUCAUGUUUUGCCAGAUAGGCACAUGAAGGGGCUGAGGCUCACAGAGCUUCCCUGUAAAAUAUGCUAGAGAGAACUUUGUGAGAUCACUUCCUUUAUCUGCCUUGGCAGGAAGCUGUGACACUACAUACUUCCUUCCUGCCCAGGCAGCCUUCUCUUUCUUCAUUGUGCUUCCAUCCAUGCUGACCUCAUAGGCAUGUCUGAGCUCUGCCGCUCAGACACCAUUUUUGAGCUUAACUUGUGUGACUUAGAUAGUAGUUAUAAACCUGCCUUCAUUUUUGCUACUGAAAUGGCUGCUUCAAGAACUAGAUUAUGUAAGUAAAUGCUACUUUUACAUCUUCACAAAACAAGGCCCCGGGUUGGCUACUGUGGCAAUGACCUGUUAGUGGCCGGAUCCAUCAGGACUCUGGAAGAUUAUUCAUUCAUUUGUUUAGAGCAUGGGUACCCCGCUCCUCAGAGUGGCUUAUGUGGAGUCAGAACAAGACAAACCCUGCCCAUGCAGGCUCACAACCACAACAUGGCACACAAGGAAAAAGGGACAGGGAAGGAAGAGGAAAGUCUAUUUAAAAACCUCAGACACUCAUUUCUAAACAGCUGUUCCUACAAUGACCAGCUGGUGCAAUUCAGGGGCAGGAGGUGCCGGGUGGAGCUGAUGAAACAAGACCUGUUUCCCACUUCUCCUGCCAAGGCAGCCUGGUGGAAUGGCUGCCCUCUGUUGACAGUUGAUGGGAGAGGACACCCGAUGGAGAAUAUGUACCUCCAAGGCAGCAAAUAAUCUUCGGCAUCUUCUCUCGCUUUCUCCUCCACCUCUCUGGCCCCACCCCCAGAUGCAAGCGCUCGGAGGAUGGCAGCCACUGCCCAACUCUUAGAAGUCAUUCAGGAUCUGCAGAAGGCCCACGAUGACUUUGAGCACCACGAAGAGGAAGCAAAGGCAGCAGCUGACCUGGUGCCCCACCACCCUUAGGUGGGACACACGCACCCCAUGUUUGUUCCGUAUUGUAAUGGUGUGUUUACAUAAGUAAGGGAAUCCAUUGCCUGCCUUGCAAGUUGGAUGGCUUUGGAUGCAGAGUUGGGGCUUGGGAGGCAAGUUGGGUUGGUUGUGGAGAGAGAGGGAGUGAGACAGACAGACAGACAGACAGACAGACAGACAGACAGAGAAAGGAUUGGCAAAUGUCUUUGAUCUCCUCCUAGCUGCACCCAGUCUACGCUCUAUAUCCAACAUGGUGCCCUUCAUAUGUUGGACUCCAACUCCCAUCAGCUCCAGCCAGCAUUGCCAAUAGUCUGUGACAGUAGAAGGUGUAGUUCAACAGCAUCUUGAGGGCGCUUGCGUGAAUCUGUGCCAGAUGUACAAGUAAUUCCUGAAGUGUCCUCUCUUGGAUCACUUUCUCCUUACAAAGGAGGCACACUUAGUCCCGUGGUUUUGUGGGGGGGGGAGGUGCAUGUUACAAAUCUGUAGAAGCACAGAUUGUGGGCACAGCAUCCUGGAAAAAUUCAGCCGUUGGGUGUUUAUAAAAGGGAUGAGGAACCUGUGGCCCUCAUAGGUUGUUCGACUCCCGGUUCUAGUUGGCAUGACCCAUAGUGAGGGAUGAUGGGAAUUAGGACUCCAGUAACAUUCCCUAAUCCUUAUUUUAAAAGACCAAGUUUCUAUCCCUUACGGUUAGGCUUGAAAGCCCACAGGCAAUGGCCACCAAAACCGUAGAAGUCAAGGAGGCAUCUGGCUGCAUCUCACUUUUGGUGGGCAUGGAUGACUUCAUGUAGCCGAUUUGCAAUAAAUUGUGGAAAAUUAAUUUGAGAAAAGCACAUCGGAGAAUAUGUUCUGUGGGAAUAGGAGAUAUUGUGGGCAUUUUGUAUAACUGAGAUCGCAGAAUCUAUUCCCGGCGCAGAAUUGGCAGUUUCUUUCGUAGCACAGGAGGCAGGUUCCUUGCCCCCAGUGUGUGCCCCCCUUGUUGGUGUGCAACUGUGCCCCACUGUGGAUUGGGGCCAUGCCCUAGCAAUUUGCCACGGUGCUAGGAGCAGUGUGUGUGUGCAAUACAACAACUGUGGGGUCCUCCUGAUCACAUCUCCUGGUUUCUUUGCCAAACUCUUGCAGUGCAAGAAAGUUUCUCCUGCUGCAGGUGUGCCUCUUCCUCGUCCUGUUAAGCCUAUGAUUCCCCAGCGCCUGUAUAACAUAUGUUAGUUUAGCAUUGAGUACCCCUUUGCAUUUGAUCACACGGUUGCAGCAAGCAAACAGCCCAGGACUGUCAGUUUGAAAACAACAAGAACUCCUUUGAUCCGGUGGAUUCAGAACAAGCUAGUUGGUGUACAGCCAAACACAGUCUUUCAAAUGCCGUGAUGUCUUGUUAGAUAAGGAUUCAGUCUUAAAUAACUUAAGCAUUCUGUUGGAGAAUCUGAGAUUCAGAAGGGAUGGGCGGUCCUUUGGAGUGAAUUGGGUACAGCCCUGCCAAACUCAGUCUGCCCUUGGCAAGCCUCCUACCUCCCUGGCUUCUUACUUACACCCAGUCAAGGGAAAAGUGUUGGCUGCCCCCGGUUAUCCCUUGCAAGAGUCAACAGGGAGGAGGAUGUGGACAAAGUUAUAAUUAAACUGGCUUUGCCUGUCAUUGGCUUUGGCGCCACCUACUCCAAUGCCGGGUGGCGGCUGUGGGUUAAAGCCUCAGCACCUAGGACUUGCCGAUCAAAAGGUCGGCGGUUCAAAUCCCCGCGGCGGGGUGCGCUCCCGUCGUUCGGUCCCAGCGCCUGCCAACCUAGCAGUUCGAAAGCACCCUCGGGUGCAAGUAGAUAAAUAGGGACCGCUUACCAGCAGGAAGGUAAACGGCGUUCUGUGUGCUGCGCUGGCUCGCCAGAUGCAGCUUGUCACGCUGGCCACGUGACCUGGAAGUGUCUUUGGACAGCGCUGGCUCCCGGCCUCUAGAGUGAGAUGAGCGCACAACCCUAGAGUCUGGCAAGACUGGCCCGUACGGGCAGGGGUACCUUUACCUUUACCUUUACCUUACUCCAAUGCCAAGGGGCACUGGCUGCCACUGCUUGGAAUAUAUGGGAAAUGAAAACAGCAUUACCUGUCCCCCCCACAAAGAGAGAGAUGUGCAGAUUACAAAAUGCAGUUAACUAACCCUAUUUCCUGUGGUGGCAGGUGGUUCUGGGAGGCCAGGGAACACUUUGAGAUGCUUCGCAGGUGAGACACAGUGAUUUCUUUGCACUGUUUUGGAAGAGAUCUUCUUUUCCUCUCUGGGCUCUGUCCAGUCUUUCUGCCCACGAGCCCAAGUUUUUAAAGUUGCACAGCAAUUCAACACAGCAGGUGCACUAGCGGAAACUCUCUGGGCAACAGACCAUGCAAUCUUUUGUGCAGCAAACACCUUCAUCUGUCUCUUGCACAACAAUGGGCCCAUGGAGCAAAAUGUUUCAUUACCAGAACAAGCUAACUGACGAACUCAGGGCAGAUUCCACACCAUGCAUUUAAAGUGCAUCCACAGCAGAUGGAAAGCGUGUGACUUCCCUUGCAGAAUCCUGGGAACUGAAGUUAGUGAAGGGCGCUGGGAAAUAUAGCACUUUCAAUCCAUUAAACAUUGCAGUAUGAAUCUGCCCUUAGUGGUAUCUUGGAUACAACCCUCUCAUUUUUUGUCACUCCCCUCCAUUUCUUUCUUUCCUUUUCUGCUAGUUUAGCAGCUCUUCAGGGUUUCAGGCAGGGGAUUUCUCCCACCCCUACCUAGAGAUUCUAGGGAUUGAAUCUGGGACCUUCUGCACUCAAAGCAGACGCUCUUCCAAUGAGCUCCAGCCCUCCGAUAGCUUGAUUCAACCCGAAUCUCACUGAAAACCUGCCUGUUCAACUGUUGUUUUUUUUGUCCCCCACCUUCUCCAAGGCUGGAGAGAAAUGUCUCUGUGUUUUGAGGGCAGCGAUGGCGGCCCUCCCACCUCUCUGAAAACAUUGUGCCUGUUUUUACUGUAAAUGCAGGCAGAUGUGACUCACACAGGGGCAGUCUAGUGAAAGGACCAGAAAUAGGUUUUCCCCCAGGGAGCUGAGGGCAGGCUUAGGACAGGCCACCGGAAGCAGGUGUUUGCUUGCACUAGGGGAGCCAUCAGGCAGGGCAUUAUAUUUGCAAUGUGGCACACGGCUCACAAAGCCCCUCCUUGCUGCUGGAGUGAUAUUUGGGGCAGUGGGGAGUGGGGAAGGCUGUCGGACCAGGCUCCUGGCUUGCUGGGAGUGCAGAGAGAUAAUAGCUUCACGAACCACGUUUCUGAGUGCAGCAAGAGCCGCAAAGCCCAGCUCCCCGGGGACGCCUUGCCAAAAGCUGAUGGUGCAGCAGCACUAAAUGGCCCCAUAAAUCAUGGCUUGCACCAAAGCAUCUGUCGCACAGUCUCCCUUGGGUGGGUGGGGAAUCUUUAAGCCCUGGGAGAUGAUUUCCCCUUUUCCCUGCUUCCCGACCAGAUGAAGAUCUCCUAGGAACCUCUGGGCAUUUCUUAUCCAGUCCAGAACCUAAGGAGAACCUGCCGGAUCAGGCCACCUGGUCCAGCUUCCUGUUCUCAUAGUGGCCAACCAAAUGCCCAAAUUGGGGGACUGGUGAACAUGAUCCGAGCACAAGAGCCAUCUCUUCUGCUAUGGUUUCCAGCAACUUUCAACUAGCCAGCUGUGGUUGUGUUGCUUAGAGAACAAGCCAGCAAGCUGUGACAAGGCCUUCUAAGUCUUCAACUCUGGGUCCUGCACCCUUCCCCUCUAACAAGAGAGGCCACCAGGGACCCAAAUGUGUGCUGCCAUGGCAAAAGGCACAAGGCUUGCUUGUCACGCGGUUCCCCCAACUGUUGAGCCCAGAGAGGGAAACCUGGUUUCCACACCCUAUCACUCUCAGACCCUCCAAGUGUCCCUUUUCCCCAGGGAUUUACAGAAGUCUUCCCAGUUUCUGAUUUGAUCCCAGAAUGCCUCACUUUUCCUUAGGAUGCCCCUAUUUCCACUGGAGAAAUGUUGGAGAUUAUGGAGUUAUGUGACCCCCCCCCCAACCAAAAGAGAUAAGUAACUAUACAACCUUUAGAAGACAUCUGAAGGGGAAUUUUAAAAUGUUUAAUGUUUUAUUAUGUUUUUAUAUAUGUUGGAAGCCGCCCAGAGUGGCUGGGGCAACUCAGUCAGAUGGGUGGGGUAUGAACAAUAAAGUUGUUGUUGUUGUUGUUGUUAUGGGAUAGGACAUCCCUAUUUUUAUCAGAGAAAUAUUGGUGGUUGUGCACUCUGUGCUGUGAAGAUGAUGGACCUUGGACUGGUCAGUCAGCCUGGCCUACCUCACAGGGCUGUUGUGGGGAUUGAAAAGAGGGGAGAGGCCCAUGUACAUUACCCUGAGCUCCUCAGAAGAAGAGAAGACUGUAAAUGUGAAUAAAUGACAAUGUAGAAUUUGCCCCUUUUCCAUUCCAGCAUUGGUGGUCUAGCACCCUCAAGCAGCUGCUGGUGUCCAGGUAACUCAUGAAGGCUUGCCGAGGCUAUUAUUUCUCUCUCUCAUCUGCCUAUUCCCUUGGCUGCAGACUAAUGGCAGCAGUGGUUAGGGAGCUUGCCGCCAUUUUGUAUUUUCCAACAAUGCCCUGGGCACCCAAUGUAGCAUCCCUCCAGAGCACUGCAUCAUGGGGGAAUUUAAAUGGCGAGUAGCUUCUCAGCUGUUGUCAUGACGCAAGCCCAUAGGGACAGUGGGGAGGUGAUAUCAUGAGGGAGGGACUUGACCCCCUUUUGCUGGGGGCUCCAUCGAACCUGGAGCUGGCUCUGGUCCUUUCACACAUGAGCAAAUUUGAACAUCAGAUUUUACCAAUGGAAAGCUGCUUGAACUGCUGGGAUCUUGACACCCAAGGCAGCCAAAAUUUAAUUAAAUGUUGUUUUGAAUGUAUGGAGUCAGUGCCUCCUUUUUAAACAAACAAACAAAAACAAACAAACAAACGUAGUUGUAAAUAACUGAACUAUAUUGAAGUUUUUUAUUAUCUGUUUCUAAAGGUUGUUGCUCUCUGAGCCUCUGGGGAGGGUUUAAAACUGACCAUUUCAAAUUAAAAAUGGGGAAAGGAAGUUGCUGUGUGUGUGUGUGUGUGUGUGUGUGUGUGUGUGUUUCAAAUCCACAUCUGCACCAGCCCUCUCAAUCACAGGGGCAAGGCAGUGCGCUUGCUUCCCAGCUCAUCCCUUCCCCCAGACUGCCCCCCAGUGUCCCACCACCAUGAUCCAGGGUCUAAGACAUCUUCUGUAUCACCCGUGAGGAGCUCCAGGGCAGGCAGCGCCCACAUCUCUUCCUCACCCAGCCAGUCCCUGAGAGUUAGGUGCGUCGAACAUAGCCAAGGUGCUUUCGGUUGGAGAGGAAAGAAUGCAACACAGAGAUAGCAUUUGGAUUCCACAUUUACUGCAUAAAUUUGUAAAGACAUCAACACAUGCUGAGCAUGAACAGAGAAAGACACCAAGGAAAUUACAAAGCCCUUUGGGAUCUCCAGACAGGAACCUCAACUGACCCUGCCAUUGACAUGGCAACUUUCCUCCCCACCAUCCAGCAGCCCCACCCAGAGUUAGACAUGCUCGGAAAUGCAACCUCUCUCACCUGUCCCAUGUGAGGCUGUUGAGACUUGACUCUCCUCUACCCAAUAACCCAGUGGUGGGGAACCAGUGGCCCUCCAGAUGCGGUCAGUACUACAACUCCCAUCAUCCUUGAGCAUCAACCAUGCUGGCUGGGACUGGUGGAUGUUGUGAGUUGUGGACAGGGCCACAGAUCCCCCGUGCCCCUGCUAUUACUGUGCUUCAGGUCAUAUGUGCAUUCAAGCCAUAGGACACAGUGGCAAAUUUCAGACGUAGGGACCAGAUGAGAACCUCCAGACAGACCUUUCUUUCGGGCCCUUGGGACUACUGUAUCCACAGGCCACACCCACUUUCCCAGCCACACCCCUCUCCACAGGCCACGCCCCUUUUAGCCAUACCUACACAGGCCACACCCCUCCUCCACUGGUCACAACUCUUCUCCACAGGCCACACCCCUCACCAGCCCUGCUCCCCCCACCCCUGGGCAAGUGGUUUUGCCAGGCUGCAAAGCAUCCUUGAACUCACAGAAUCAUAGAAGGGACCCCCAAAAAUCAUCUAGUCCCCUGCAGCUGUCCUGGACGGGGAUCGAACCUGUGACGUUGGCAUCAUCAGCACCAUGCUGUAACUAACUGAGCUACGUGAUCUAUGGAAAGAACUGGGAUUCUGGUGAUGCUUGUUUGGAUGAAGGGAGGACAGAGAAUAAGCCUGCACAAACUGGGCUUGUAAUGAGGAGUUCUGUGUCACUCAGUGAGCUUCCUCACUCUUCCAUUGACAGGUUCAGUGGUGAGGCUGGCGCACAUUUUUGGGCUGCUUGAUAAGUAGCAGAAGAAGUCUUUCAGGCUGGCAUAGGAGCCUUUGCACGGGUGCCUUCUGGUCUCUGCUGGUUUAGAAGACAACACUGUCACUGCUUCCGGCAACAAACUGGAUCCUAACCGUUAAGGAAGCAGGGAGAAGAGAGGAACAGUACAGAGGAGUUUCUUCCCCUUUUCACCUGGCUUAAGGAGCAUCACACAGAUGCCAGUUCCAAGGAGAUGUACUCCUAAUAGGGACGUGGCCUGGAUGCCCGUCCAAUCUAGCCAUGGGCAUGUGUGGUUUUGUCUAGGGAAGUUGUGGUGGCACAAUGGGAGGAGAAAGGCACUUGGCACAUCCUCAGAAACACUCUUGCAAGCCAGGCUCAAGCUCUUGCUAUUAGCCAAGAAAAGGAGGGUUGAGGAGAAAGAACAUAAUGCUAAAUAAACUCUGGUUCAUAUAUGCUCAAGACCCCAAUACCUCAUGCAACAACUCUUCCUGUAGGAACCAACUUGGCACCAUCAUCUGAGGUCUCCCUAGCCACCCCUCCUUCCAAGGCCACACCCCUUGCCUCCAGGCCACACCUCCCAUGAGCCCUGCUCUGACCCCUACUUGAAUGCUUUUGCCUGCAAUGUUUCCCCAGGAAUUCUGAUCAUGCCUCUUGCUUGCCUGGAGGGUGUGGGUGAGUGGAAUUGAUUUAUGGGAUGUUCUCCCCAGGGAGACUCCCCUGGUGCUGACUCUAAGGUACUCCUGGCACUAGGCAAAGACUUUCCCUGUUCUCCUGGACAUCUGAUGGUUACUUUUUAUCCUCGCUGCCCUGGGAUUAUUUCAGCCAGAUGUUUUUGUAUGAUCGUUUUGAUGUUGUGCGGGGUCGAUGCUUGGGAAUUGACGGAGGACCACUUUUUAGUGCUCAUCUUGUUUUAACAUACAUUGUACCUUUUCUCCAUUUGGGAGUCACCUUGAGACUUCAAUAAUAACAGCAAUAACAAUAAUAUAAUCAUCAAGCCAUACUGAUUCUCAUACACCAACUGAGACCAGCUGGGUCAAGGUGGGGGGUUGUCACAGCGCCGGAGGCGGCAAUUUUGACGUGGAGUGAAAUAAUCACUCCAGGUGCACAGCCCAGCAGGAGCAGCAAAAGAACAGCAGAGAAAACUGCACUGAGUUUUUGUGUGUGUGUGUGUGUGUGUGUGUGUGUGUGUGUGUUUUAAAAGAUGCAGCCCAAACGUUUGAGUUGCAACUAGGGAUGUUGGAAAAUUCCGACGGAAAUGAAGAAGGAAUUUGAUUAUGUUUGCUUUUGGGUCCUGUAUCCAGAACGGAAAUCAGUCAACUGGCUGUUGUUGCCUUCAGUUUGUAAAUGAUACAUAACUGAUUAUACCCCCACCCCACAAAAAAAUGCAUUAAGUUCCCCUUGCAUUCAAAUGAAUGUGGUAGAACAAUGUAAUAACAAUGUAAUUAAUGCAACUGAUUGCUUAAAUUGUCUCAAGUUACAUGAUUUUUGCUGCAGACGACAGUGAGAUGAAUAAUGUAUCUUUGAGAAGAAAAUGAACUGCAGCAGAACGGAAACAGCCCUGCCUCUAAUGAACAGAGGAUGAAAUGGUUUUUUGCCCCAGACUUGCCCCUAUGCUUUCUUGCCCCAGACUGGCAAAAUGGGGAGUAAAUUCUGGGACUCUCCCUUUCAGGGAUUGACAAAUCUGUCCAUUUUGGUUUUUUUCUUGGUUUCUCAUUUUUCCAGUUGUUAAGUCUAGCCUCCACAAUCUGCAUUAUAGAAUCAUAGGGUUGAAAGGGAUGCCUGAUGGCAAUCUACUCCAACCCCCCAGCAAUGCAGGAAUCACUUCUAAGGAAUCCUUGACAGAUGGCCAUUCAGCCUCUGUUUAACCCCGCCCCCCCAAGGAAGGAGAGUCCACCAUCUUCAGAGGGAGUACAUUCUAUGGUCAGAUGGCUCUUAUCAUCAGAAAGUCCUUACUAACAUUCAGUCAGAAUCUGGUAACUUGAGUCGACUGGUUCAGACCCUACAGUCUGGAGCAGGGGGAAAACCGCUUCCUCCAUCUUCUAUGUGACAGCCCUUCAGAUAUUUGAAAAUGGCUCUCAUUUCACCUCUCAGUCUUCUCUUCUCCUGCCUAAACAUACCCAACUCCCUCAUCAGUUUGAAAAAAAAUCCCUCAUGGAAUUCCAUCUGAAUUUUAGUGCAUGUUUCUCCUAAUGCACACAUUCUUUGCAAGCCACGUUCCCCAGUUUAAAGCAUUCUUGUACCCCAUUUUCACAAAUAUAUGCCUUUUUACCAAGGGUAGAUCUACACACAGGGGAAAAAAGCUAUAAAAAGUAAGAAAUUGUUAUAUCAGAAGAAAAGAAAAACGCUAUGGAAAAUGGCUUAGAAAUUUUUUUUGCUCUCUGGCGCCAUCUGGUGCCGCAUGUUUAUAACGCAUUCAAAACGCUGUUUCUUGACUAAUGUAGCUGAGUCCCAACACUGAUAGCUGGACAAUCAAACUUACUACAUCAGCUUUGGCCAACCUGGAGUCAUUCAGGAGUUUGGACUUCAAUUCCCAUCAGCCCCACUUAGCAAAGCCCUCUUGAAGUACAACCCCCAUCAGCCCCCAGCAUCUUAUGGCCAUGUUGGGUUGGGGUUGAUGAGAACUGUAGUACACAACUUCUGGAGGGCGCAGGUUGGGGAAGGAUGUGCUGCCUAAUGAAACCAAGCCCCCGCUUCCUUCUCUCCCAGAGGUGAGAGAUAACUUUGGCAGGUUUUCAAUGCAAAAAGGUGGAUCCGUUCCCUGCUGAUUUUAUCACUGCAGCAGAAACCUGCCUUUGCAAAGAGGGAAAUAAUAAUUUUUUUUAAAACCAAAACGCCAGCCGCUGCUCCCUCUUCCUUGUCUUUCAACAAAGGGCAGGCAUGAGUUAUGAGGACCAGGAAUGUGAAAUGAGUUUAGAGGGAGAUGGGCACGCACUGUGCCUGGGCAAACUCCAGACAGCAGGGACGUUACUCUCUGCAGACGAUGAAGCGUAUGGGUGAAUCCAGCCCUGAAGGGCACGCCGUCCGCCUCCCAUUCCUGCUGGAUCUGCAGAAAGAGCAGUUAAGUUGGGGGACUUGGGUAUGGGAUGGUGGAGGGGCCUAAGUGGUAUUUGGAGGGUGAGGUGAGGAGAAGGGGCACCAGCCACAAUUCUCCCUUCUGUGCAUCAGAUACCUUAAGAUCCUGUAUGCGAGAGGAUCGCUGUGCUGUUAAGCACUGUCCUAAGGGACGCGGGUGGCGCUGUGGGUUAAACCACAGAGCCUAGGACUUGCCUAUUGAAAGGUCGGCGGUUCGAAUCCCCGCGACGGGGUGAGCUCCUGUUGCUCGGUCCCUGCUCCUGCCAACCUAGCAGUUCGAAAGCAUGCCAAAGUGCAAGUAGAUAAAUAGGUACCACUCCGGCGGGAAGGUAAACGGCGUUUCCGUGCGCUGCUCUGGUUCGCCAGAAGCGGCUUAGUCAUGCUGGCCACAUGACCCGGAAGCUGUACGCCGGCUCCCUUGACUAAUAAAGUGAGAUGAGCGCCACAACCCCAGAGUCGGCCACGACUGGACCUAAUGGUCAGGGGUCCCUUUACCUUUACCUUUUAAGGCUGGUGUGGGGAACAUCAGGCCAAAUCUGGCUCACCAUGCAUCUCUUACCAUAGAACCAGAGAAUUUCAGAGUUGGAAGGGACCCUGAAGAUCAUCAACCACCUGCAAUGCAGGAAUAAGCAGCUGUCUCAUACAGGGAUCGAACCUGCAACCUCGGAGUUAUCAGCACCACGCUCUAACCAACGAGCUAUCCAGGCUGUCUGGCCCUCUGGACUCUUCCUAGGCCACACCACUCACUGGCCCUGAUUCACAUACUGCCCUGGAUGCCUUUCCCUGGCUGGGAACAUGCCCCUGAACUGAUCGUGCCUCUUGCCUCCUCCAUGGGGGAUAGAGAAGGGUGUAUGCAGAAACUAGCCUCUUGCCUCUGGCCCUACCUGACACGUGGCCCCUGGAAGGUUUCCCUGGAAGGAAUGCGGCCCUCAGUCUGAAAUAGAUUCCUGCACCCAUGUCGUAAUGCUGGCAGGGAGUGGGGAUGAGAAGGUAGCUUCUCUCCUCAAUGACUUGGGGAGAAGCCAGAGCUGCCCACAGUUCUCCUUUCUGCUGGUCAUAUUAAGGCAACAGGAGGCUAGCAGCUCGAGGGCAUGGUAGGAACUGUGGGGACUGUCCAGGCAAGGCUCAACACUUGAGGGCUGCUGGUCAAGCCAGGCGAACCCAAGAGUGUGCAGAGGUGGAUCGGAACAGUAAAUUUGGGAGAAGGCAGCCAUCCAAGUGGCUUGCCUCCUGUGGGAGCAAGUUCCCCAGUCUGUAAAGAAGUCACGUCAUCUGUCCUAAAUACAGUGGUACCUCGGGUUAAGUACUUAAUUCGUUCUGGAGGUCUGUUCUUAACCUGAAGCACCACUUUAGCUAAUGGGGCCUCCUGCUGCCACUGCGCUGCCGGAGCACAAUUUCUGUUCUCAUCCUGAAGCAACGUUCUUAACCUGAAGCACUAUUUCUGGCUUAGCGGAGUCUGUAACCUGAAGCGUAUGUAACCCGAGGUACCACUGUAUUCCAACAUUCAGCUUCACCCCCUCCCUUCCACACCAUGCCGUGCACACCUAUCAAAUUCCUGCACAAACCUCACAUUUUUUAAUAAACUCAAAAAAACCCAAGUUUGCAAUCUUAGGACGGUUUAGUGUUUGUGUGUGUGUGUCGGUAACUAUCGCUUCUGAUUAAAGCAACAUUAAAAAAAAAAAUGGACUAAUGUGGGGCCAUCACUGACGAGUUACUGUUGAUAGCCUUUACCCUCUGUUAUUUUGUCUAACCCCCUUCUAAAGCUGUCCAAGAUGGCGGGCUGCGUGAUCUCCUGCGGCAGCUAAUUCCAGAGUUUUUACUUCAUCUUGCAUCUCCCGACAUUCUGCCUCAUUGGCUGGCCCUGGGUUCUAGUAUUAUGAGAGCUCAGGGAUAGCCUUCUCUCAAUCCAUUUCCCCCCACAGAAUACAUUGUUUCAUACACCUCUGCCAAAUUCCCUUUCCCCCCUCUCUGAGGGUAAGGCCAAUGUGCCCAAAUCAGAAUCUAAUCUGAAGUGCAGGACUCCCUCUUUGCCCUUGCAAAGACCUUCCUAAGACAAGAAGGUAAGAAAUGCCUGCUAGAUAAGGCCAGAGGGGUCCCCUCUAGUCUAGCAUCCUCUUCUCACCAGAUGCCUGUAGGAAACCAGAAAGGAUCCAAGGACAAGAGGACUCUCCUUCCCCCCUCUGGUUUCCAGCAACUAUUAGGGGGACGGUAUCCCAUAGCAUGGAUGGGGAGCAACAGGGCCAGCCCUAACCUUAGGCAGAGGGAGCCACCUGCCUUAGUCAGCAAAUGAUGUAGUGGGCGGGGUGGAGAGCAGCAGCAGCAAGCUCUUAGAAGAGCGCUACAUGGCCUCAUCUCCAAACCAGCUUCACUAUCCCGUCGCCAGUGCUGAAAUCAGAUCGAGUUGAAAGGAAGAGCCGGCUAGAUCCGGCCAAUAGCAUCCUGUUCUCACAGGGGCCAACCAGAUGUCUGUGGGAAACCAGCAAGUAGGAUUUGAACGCAAUCCCGUGGUUUCCAGCAACUGGGAUUC